AUGACGGGACGGCGAGAGCUUUUCGUGCGCUUCGUGAGACGCUCGCGCCAGUUCACAACAGCAAUUAAAAGUCGACGUAUCAAGUACAAGGCAUGGAAUUACGUUGGUGCCACUUAUGACGAAAGGACAGGCAGAGCAACACUGUUUAUAAACUCGAGAGCAGUUGCGUACAGAAGGAUCGGCCGCAUCCAGUUGUCUACAAACUACCGUAUAAGGCUUGGAGCGCGGAUUGGCGAUAGGAGAUAUUUCCGUGGAAGACUCUUUUGUGCACAAAUCUACAGUGUCGCACUAAGCCGGAAACAGGUCGACGAAGCAAAACGAAAGUGCUUUUUGCCAAGUUAGUACAGACCUAUUUUCCAUUUCUAAUCUUUAUUUCCUGGCUAUGUUCAUUUUCCAGUAAAAUUGUUAACAUAAACGGCACGGCUUUGUAUUCGUAGCAUUUUAGUUCUGAGUACUCGCUGUCACAUGAUUUGCGUAGGUCUAGGUUUCACCAUGAUUGCUGAUGUAUUCGACAACGACAGACAGACACAUUUCUCUCAUCAAUAAACAGUCAAUCUGUCUAUGGCAGAGAAGAAAGGGGAAAGGGGUAAAGUGAGUCUAGGGACAUAAUUAAGGCGAAAAUGAUGCAAAGUUUAAAGUUAGGAUGGUUUUAAACUGGAAAAUACGCUCUCUCCUCCAGUUCCACCACCGCCGCAAUCGCCACCUGCGCCACACCCAACACCCCCACCACGAGGUAAGAAUACUUUUACUCCCCGCUUUAGAAACUCUAGGGAAAAUGGGUACAAGCUUUGGGUGGUCAAGCGUUAGUUAUGAUUGGUCAUAACUAACGCUAGUCCAACCACACGCUCCCAGAAAUCGUUGCGCGUAAAGCUUGUACCUAUUGCCUGGAUUGGGGAAUUUAGCACCAUUCUUUUAUAGCCGUUUUGACAAGGUAUUAUGAUGAUAAUCAGCACUGUCAAUUAUCUGAAUUAUUUGUUUUCCCCCUUUAAAUGCUUAGUUUGCAGAGCUCGUAUUGAUCUUGGCUUCCUAGUGGACGCAUCACCUGGCAGAUUCAGCUCCCGUGUGAUUCGACAAUACAUCAAGGAGACAAUCAGACUAUUUGAAGUUUCAAGGACAAAAGUACGAGUCGGCAUUGUGCUGUUCACGUCCAGACCCACUUUAAUGAUGAGUUUUGCAAGAACUUACGCGCGAGCACAAAUCUACAGAGCUGUGGACCGGCUGCAGCUUAGAAGGCGAGGUGGAAGAUAUCUCGGGAGAGCCCUGACAUAUACCAGACGCUACCUGUUCCGAGGCAAGCCGCGCUGUGGGCGAAGAAGAGUACUUAUUGUCUUGACAAGCGGAACCUCUCGCGAUAGAAUAAGGCGCCCCGCAAGGCGCUUGCAAGCAUCUGGUGUUGAAAUAUACGCCAUUGGUAUCGGCAGUGUAAGAAGAAGAUUUCUGUUGCAGAUUGCAACCGGGUCUAGACACGUGUUUAAUGUCGGCGCAAGGAGACUGGUGUCAAUUACGCGGAUUGUUAAGGACAGAAUUUGUAGUUCACCAGGUAUUUUACUACUUUGUUGAAAGGAGCGAGCGCUAAGUCAAAUACAGUAAAUACCCGCGUAUUAGAACCUAGAUUUAAGAACCUGUUAGGCUAAGAUUGUCUUUUUAGACCCCUUUUACAUAAGAAUCUGUUUUAGCCUACAAUUUUGUAACAGGUUUCAAUUUUGAGAAAUUCAGUCAAACUCUGAAUACACAAGUUUAAUAGAACAAGCUCAAACAGUUGGUAAGAUGAAGACAAGACCUCGGCAAUGAGACAAUUGACAUGUAGAUCUACAUAUCCUUGCACUUGCACACCCAUAUAGUCCCACGUAUGAUUGCCUCUUUUUGUUUAUAAUACCAUUACCAAUACCAUAUGGCAACAGAACACAAUACACACAUGUUAUGCAUGCAGUACGAAAAAUAGGCCCAAAAUAGACCACACCCACCAAUGACAAACUCCUUAUUUAGCUUUAGGAAUAAGAACCUGUUUAAGAACCUGAGUAGCUUCAUUCCCCAGUUAGCACCAUUUUUAUAAGAACCUUCUUAGCCUAGCUUGGAAAAACUUAGUUCUCUUACGCGGGUUACUGUACAUGAGACAUCGUGCGCAUAGUACAUAUUUUAACAUUAUAGGUAUUUCUUACACUAUAGUCCCCUUGUGACGUGAAAUUCUUACACCGGCUACCAAUUGUAAUUUUGCACAAACUGAGAAAAGCACCUCUGGAAGUAGAAGUUUUAAGAUCCUUUUUUCUUCCUACGUAAUCAUCUGAAAUCACUCCUCAUUCUAAACGUGUUAAGAAAUGAUUAUUAUGUGAAUAGGUCUAGUAUUUCUCUAACCUAGUAUUUUUAAAACAAGUGCCAAAAGCACCUAGCAAUCAAUUAAGUAGCGUAAAACAAAUCAUUCAAUUUAAAGAAACCGAGGUUUAACAAACAGUCUUUAACAGGGAUAUCUUUUUAUCUUUUUUUCCAGUAAUUAUUUCCGGAGGAGCGAUUGCUGUGUACCCAUUUACGAGUGCGUCUCGUGGAAGUGACGUCAGCAAAUUUAGGAACCCAACAGCUCGGCUUGUUGGUCUUUCCCUUAUUCAAGGGCCCGAUAGACAUCCUCAGGGAGCUUACUUUUUCCCUGGGAUAAAAGGGCGAAGAGGAAGACGCAGUUAUGCUUUAAUCCCUAACAACGGUUGUCUUGAUACUCGAUACUCCAUAACUAUUAUUGCCUGGGUGUACCCGGAAAAGCCUGGUCCCAUAGUGCAUUACAAUCCCAAUGGAUGGGGAGUUCACUUUUGGUUGACUCGCCCGAACGAACUUUAUUUUCGUUUAAUGCCAAGACAAGGCUCGCGAAGGAGAGUAAAACCGCUCACCAGUAAAGGUAUCAAGCCGUACACUUGGAACUAUGUCAGUGCCACGUACGAUCAUCGCACAGGACUGGCCACUCUCUGGGUGAAUGGCCUCCCUGUCUCUCAGAGAAACGUCGGGAAGUUCCCAUUGGGCCUAGCAACUAAUUACCCUGUUGUCGUUGGGCAGAGGUCGGGUGAUAGACGCGUCUUCCGUGGACGCAUAGCUUGUUUGCAGGUUUAUAACGUAGCUUUGUCGCGAGCUCAAAUUGUUGCGAAGAAAACUCAGUGUUUCAGAGCAGGUGAGUGAGCACAAAUCGAAUAAACUCCUGAGAUAACAUCAUAUUGACGAAAUGCUUGGCUCGUUGCGUACCUUGGCUCUUUGUCCUCUUAUCUACGCAUUAAUCGUCUCAAACUAUGUAAUUUCCUCUCUUUAUAGUCUUCAUCAUCAUGAUAUCAUCAUCAAAUCUUUUAUUUAAAAAAGAUAGAAAUUUGAAGCAUAAGAUUUUGGGGUCUUCGUGAAAAAUAGAACUCUAAAACUGCCUGUAGAAAGGAAAACAAUUUAUUGUUAUUUGGUAAUUACCCUUUAUGACAAACAUCUACGAACCCUGGCUUUCUAGAACCGUAGUUAACACCUUGUAAUAAGUUUCAUUUUUUUUAUCUCUGCAAAACAAAAAUAUAAAUGUUCCACUACCGAGUUGCCACAGCCUGUUUCAAACUGCGAAGCCAUUCAAGUGAUAUGAAAAUGAUUUUUUUUCUCAUGCAAAUAAAACUCGUUUGCACACGAAAGGUUUUUUCAGUUAGCUUCAGUUCAUUUUGAAAGUGAGAGUUUUCGGAACUCGGGAAUUGCCUAUUGGACAGUGAUUUGAAAAGUAUGUUGUUUUGGAAUGAAACAGCGCGCGCACUCUUUGGUUACUUCGAGGUCACAUGACAUCUAACAAUGAAGCUGUUUCACGGCAAAAUCUCUGAGAGGGCAACAUUGCAAAAUCUAUGACGUCAGAGGGUUACAGCGCACUGUUACCCUCGAAAUGUUGACCGACGACUGCUGUUAUACCGAGAUUUCAUGAAUUUCCAGCUUUAAAAUUUUCGGGUGGGCCGGAAGCUCAUAGAACGGCUCACAGGAUUGGUUUAGAAAAGAAUAGAUAGCCCUAACCCAAACAAAACUAACAAUGAACCCCAACUCUGAAACCAUAGAGCUUCGGGCCAACAAGAACCUAUCAAAUUAGAGGUUUUAAAGAGGUUCUGGCCAACAGAAAUUUCCAGCUACAGAGCGUUUUCACAUGUCACGGCGGCCAUAUUGGUGUUCCAAAACAACAAAACGGCGGCCAUGUUGGUGUCCCAAACCAAUCCUGUGGGACUUGAAUUAAUAUCUUAUGCAAACGCUUUCUUUUGUUCCAAUAAAUUUGCAUAGAUGCUGGCCACGUGAGUGAAAACGCUGGAUAUAACAAAUCACUUUAAGAGACUGGUCCCUCGGGAAACAGUUAAUUUCGUUUCCCUCGAAUCUCAAUGUUGAGUUUCUCGGGGAACAAAAUUAACUGUUUCCCUCGUGACCAGUCAUUAAGUGUUUAUUAUUACACUUUUCCCGACACUUGAAAACAAAGUCAAUAUAUUUCAUGACAUUCCUUUCAAAAUUGAUAAUGCCAGAUUGUAACGUUACUGCUUUGAUGGUCUGUUUUUUUAGUUCCCACCCAGCCUACAACACCAGUGACGCCAGUGACUCCCCGACCAGGUUCGUUCGACAUAUUUUUAUUCAAGAUUACCUGGGUACUUUUACGGAAAAGCUUAAGCUAAUGUGGCAUCAAGUUUAUAUAUAUGUCCUUAGUCCGCACGUACGUAUUUUGAACGAGCUUAACUCACUAGACGAUACGUGGGUGAACAAACGAAUACGCUUUUCUUUCCUGAUUUAGUUUUUUCUAUACUUCUAUACCAGUACAAUUUAAGGAAAAAGAAAUUUUAUUGUAUGUUUUUAUUGCUUUAUGUAUAUGUCAUGUAUAGUUAACAGUUCUUCUUAUUUACGUGUGUAGUUUGUGCAGCUCCUUUGGACUUGAGUUUUCUUAUCGACGGAUCUUCCAGUAUCGAACGUUACGGUCGUGGAAACUUCGGCCGAAUACUGAACUUCGUCAAGUCACUGGUCAGCUUUUUCCCGAUCUCGCGCCGAGAAACCCAUAUCGGCGUUAUGAUGUACACAAGCCGAGCCAUACGAAUUUUUAACUUCAACCGAUAUUACACCAGGGCAGCUAUCUUGAGGGCUAUCGAUAACCUGAGAUAUCCUCGUGGGGGUACUCGAAUAGGGAAGGCACUGUCAUCUGCCCGACGAUACUUCUACAGGUAAAGCUUUACUGAAAAAUAUCUACAAUGGUGGACAAAAACCCUUAGGGUAAUGAUGCAAUACAAUAAAAACCCGCGUAUAAGAAGUUUUUCCAAGUUUCUAAGUUUUACCAAGCUAGGCUAAGAAGGUUCUUCUAAAAAUAGUGCUUACUGGAAAAUUAGGUUACUCAGAUUCUUAAACAGGUUCUUAUUCUUAAAAAUAAAUAGGGUGUUUGUCAUUAGUGGGUGUGGCCUAUUUGGGCCUAUUUUUGGUGUUGCAUGCAUAAUAUGUUAUAAAAAUCCCUUUAAUCCAAGCAUGUUAAAGCCAUUUAUGAAGUUUAUACAAAGCUAUGCAAGUUAAACAGAACAACAACAACAUUAAAACAUGGUGUGUUUCUACUGGGCCAAACAUAGUACUCAACUUCUAAAAAUAGGAACCUGUUUCAAAAUUGUAGUCUAAAACAGGUUCUUAUGUGAAAGGGGUCUAAAUGGGUAAUCUUAGCCUAACAGGUUCUUAUACGAGGGUUUUUACUGUACUGUGAGUUAUCUGUGUUUUACAACUGAAGUUUGAAAAAGAAAAAGCAUUGCUAUCCUUUUACAAAUGUGUUACUGCUCUUCCACCCCACCCCCUCACCCUUGAUACCGCCAUGUUAAGACUCAGACAGCAAAUGUUUUUGAGAUGUCCAUGAGAUGAGAGGAGGGGCUGGGCAAGAGCAGUUUGUUUGGCCUAUGAAGAAAAACGCAACGAGCGAAAAUUUGUCCAUAACUUUAGCUUGAUAUUGAGUAUAAAUAUAUGUAGCUGUUGAGGCAGGAAUGAGUGGAGUAGUGGUAGACUAUAAAAUCCUUACAGUAACUUUAAGGUGAAAUACAAACCUAGAUUUGUUCGUCCGAGUGCGUUUGAGUUUGUGAACGCAUCCAACCUGCGCUAUUACGGCCUCCGUCCACACCUGAACAAUGAAUCAAUGACCGUCCUUACCGUAUAUUUCGGUAAACGUUCUCCCAAUUGGGAAAAAGGAUAAACGUUGUUCUCAUGUGGACAGCUGUAAACGCUAAGGUUUAUAAACGGACCCGUGACAUAGAUAACCUGAAGUGAUUCCAUCUAUUUGUGCCAAAAAAGUACCCAAAUGUUCCUAACAGAGGGAUGGAUUUAUUUGUCAAAAUUAGGGGACGCUCUCACUGGCUUAUUCUGAGUUAAAGGCAGCUCACAGAAUAACUGUUUCUAUGACUUCAAAGGGUAACAGUGCCCCUGGUCCCUCGGUAAACUAGUUAAUUGUGUUUUUUGAUUGUUCUUUUUUUUAAUCGGAAUCUCAAUGCGACUGAAUGAAAAUUCCGGGAAGCAAAAUUUUUUAAGUGUUUCCCGUGGCAUCACUAACUCAUAAGGGGUUCAAUUUUCCUAUCUCCAGAGGAAGAGCUGCGCGUGGCCGCAAGAGGGUGGCUGUGGUUCUCACCGACGGCGUAUCCCAGGAUUCUGUGAGCGCGCCUGCACGCCGUCUCCGUUCCACUGGCUGUGAGGUUUUUGCCCUGGGAAUUGGACGAGGAUAUAGCAUAUCUCAGCUGAGACAAAUAGCUACAGAUAGUAGUCAUGUAUUCACUGUGUCCUUUAAAUCCCUUGGACAAGUUAUCAAGCGAAUUAAAAACAAAGCUUGUCAAAGGAUACCAAGUAAGCUUAAGUUUAGAAAUCAUAAUGUUGGUUACCUUUUUUCAGCAAUUCGAGAAGUCCCAUGGACUUCUUGGUCUAAAACAUUCUUAGAAAGCUAUGUCAAGCACCUUUGUUUGAAUUUUACUAAGGAAAUAUAAAGAAAUUAAACGUAGUUCAACUGGCUGAGUUCCGAUGAAAGCCCAGCUCUGGAAUAUUUCUUAACAAAGACUGUUUACUUCAGUGUCUGCGUCAAAUCGAAUAUGUUUACUUUGACUGCAGCGAGGUUAACGGUUUGGAAGCCAACUCUGAUGAUCCAUUCCCAGAAUAGAGGAAUUGGCACUAGAAUGAAUUCUCCGUAUUAUUCUCUCCUCCCAACCCCCUUUCUUUGUCGGCUCGCUAUUACUGUUUAGGUACCUAAUCAUCAUUAACUGAAACAAGUUAGAAAAACUUCACUUAAUGACAAGUCACACUUUCAAUUAAUACAACAGCCUUGGCUACUAACAGGAUUUUGUAAACCCUUAUGGUUUUAUGAUAGUGAAAGUUGUUAACUUUUUGUUCGAUUUCUUUUCGCAGCCCUACCACCUAGAGGUUAGUUGCUUUUCUUUGACUCCUUGAGUUUUUUCAAAUGCAUAGCCUAUAGCUUACAGUGCACAACCUAUCUGCCGUCGUUCAUGUGUUUUCAUGUACUAUUUAUUUUCCUUUUUUUUUUUUUACAUAGUACCUCUCCCCAGAACUCUAGCCGUAUAUCCGCUAGAUCGUGCGAGAGGUGGACGAGACAUAAGUCGAAGAAAGAACCCAAGCGCGAGAGUUGUAGGUGUGAGGUACGGCUUGGGCCCUGAUGGUCGUCGAGACGGUUGUAGCAUGUUCUACGGAAGACGCAACAGCUACGUGGAAAUUCCCAACACAGGGAGCCUCGACGCGAGGUAUUCCAUGACUAUCUUAAUCUGGCUGUACCACGUGGGACGCGCUGGUCCUGUUGUCAAUUACAAUCCAAAUGGAUAUGGUGUACACCUUUGGACAACUGCACGGCGGGAACUUUUCGCGCGCUUUGUGCGCCGCAAUGGACGCAUGACCAAGCCUUUGAGAAGCAGAAGGCUGAAAUACCGCGCAUGGAAUUAUGUCGGUGCCACGUAUGAUGAGCGAACUGGGAUCGCCACGCUUUGGAUAAAUUCUCGACCAUAUGUCAGGCGCCGGCUGGGUCCACUGCGGCUAUCCACUAACUAUCCUAUUCGAUUGGGCGCAAUAAAGAGAAGCCGAAGUUACCUGAGGGGAAGGCUAUUCUGUUUGCAGCUCUACAGCGUUGCUUUGAACAGAAAGCAAAUUUUUGAAGCCAAGAGAAAGUGUUUUCUACCGGGUUAGUCAUAUUGUAAUAGCAACAGGAGCAAGAUUACGUUACGAAGUAAAGUCUGCGUGCAAGUAUGCGUUAGAGGUCAAAUUUGAAGUUUGAAUAGUAGUGAACUUGUUCAAGGCAGUUGAGUAACGGCGGUUGAUUUAGAGAUCUUACUCGUUUUAGCAAGCGUAAGGGUCGACUAUUCUUACAAAGUCACUACUUUGAUAGUGGUGACCUCAAAUAGUAUGGGCUUUAAGUGCGAUUUGGACUUUUAUUUAAUUUUUCAUUUGUUUAUUUUGCCUCAAUGCUACUAUUGUUUAUUCUGUAUGUACUGACUGAUAUCUUUUUUUGUACUUGCAAUCACACAUGUGAUUGCAAGCAAAAUGACGACUGACUUCGAACAUAAUUAAAUGAAAAGUUUAGAGCAAUUAUCAUAUAGGCACAGGUAAUUUUGGCAGCAAGGAUAGUUAAGGAACUGGUCCAAUUAAGUGGACCAGGACCACCCUGGACUAAAAGUGAUAGGGCUAUACAAGACAACACUAGUUUGAUGUGCCUGAUGGAGAUAAAGUUUUGGCGUGAAAUUCUAAGAUAAGAACGAAACAUCUUGCUUGCAUGAAGCCUCCAAUGUCAGAUAACCUACAAUGAGGCUUUUAUAUCCUAUACGUUUCUCCUGCUAGUCUAGAAGAGGGGGCUAUGUGAAACAAACUCCAAAGUGUGAAACAAACGGACACAACCAGUCCUUCUGUGGAGUGGUACGUCCUGGCUGUGUACUAUUAACUUGACCAAUCUUUAAUUUCUUGAUAAAUGACUAAAAGAUUCUCAGCUUAGGUUGUUGUCUAAAUUUACCAACUUCCGACGUCCUCAGUCUUUUAAAUAAACUUAUUUAAACGAAGAAAUUGUUCUUUAAAGGACCCAAACCAACGCCAGCGCCACCCACACCAGCACCGACACCACCUCCACGAAGUGAGUACAUAAGUGUUAAGCAUUACAUUGUGGUACAACUUCUUGUAUGUUUUUUUAAAAAAACAAAAACAAAGGAAGAACAAAAGUUAACUUCGAUUAAAAUUAACUACAACAUCAUAAACAAAAUACAAAUAUACCAAUUGGUUGGACAAGCCAGAAUCAAAGAAUCGAUUCUUGGUUUGCAACCACCUGACAUGGCGGCCAUGUUGGUGGUCAAUACAGUUAUUUCAAAGAAUUUAUAUGAAAAUGACUUUAGUUCCCAGAGGAGUGAGAUGCUUUUGUUCUUGACCACCGACAUGGCCGCCGCGACAUCUUGUACAAACCAGCAAUAUAGGAAAAAGAUCUUAAUGCGAAAUUCUUUUUAUUUCCUUUAAAGUUUGCAGAGCUCGCAUUGACCUCGGAUUUCUCAUUGAUGGAUCUAGGCAAACUGGUACAGCAACGUUCGUGCGUAUCAUUCAAUACGUUAAAGAAACAGUGAGACGAUUCGACGUCCAAAGGACGCAAGUAAGAAUAGGUUUGGCUCUAUUCGCCUCUCGACAACGACUUAUAUUCGGCUUCGCUCGGUCCCCCAGCCGUGCCCAAGUGUAUCGUGAAGUCGGAAAGUUAAGACUUCUACGUGGAAGAAGAAGGAGGACAGCACAAGCUUUACUUUAUGCUAAACGUUACCUUUUCAGUGGUAAACCCAAGUGUGGUCGUAGAAGGGUGCUUAUUCUCCUGACUACUGGUACAUCACGUGAUAAUGUUAUCAGACCGGCAAGGAUCUUGCAUGCUGUAGGAGUGGAGGUAUACGCUGUCGGAGUGGGGCGUGUCAGUGUGACGUAUCUUAGGAAGAUUGCCACUGAUCGGUAUCAUGUGUUUUCUGUGAGUGGCCGCAGAUUGAUUACGAUCGUAAGAAUGAUCAAAGACAGGAUGUGCUAUUCCCCAGGUAAAUUUUUCUAUAAAACGUUUUGUUGAUCAGUGUUGAUGUUGUUGUUGGGUAGAGGUAAAGGGAGAAUCGAUCUUCAGCACGUUUUGGACUGAACCUUACUUUAAAUAUUAGGUUUCAUUGUUUGUCUUCACUUUUAUGUAUUUUUGCUCGUUUCAUUGCCUUGCAAAAAAGCUUGUGGUUGUAGAAGUUCUGGCAAUCGUCUAUUUUAGACUGAAAGCUUAAAGAGAAAUAUCUCGGAUAGCAUCGACAUAACAAGCUCGUUUUUUCGCGUAUUAAGGCUCUCGACAAACAAUUUUCACUUUUAGGCUGCCAGACACUGGUCUAAAGCGGCGAUAGAUUUCCAAAACGUUUUUUUUUUUUUUUUCAUAAACAGAAGUUUGCACAGUUGUCUGUCAGUGCUCCUUCUUAUUCAAACCAUCAAUAUAUGUUAAUUUUUAUAUUAUUUACUGAAAAAAACUUUCGUUUCUACUUUUUUUAACCAGUGAUUGUCUCCAGAGGAGCGGUCGCCACUUAUGCCUUUACAAGUGCAGCGAGAGGUAGAGAUAUAAGUCAAUACAAAAACCCACCAGCACGACUUGUAGGCGUCUCCUACAUCACAGGCCCAGAUGGUCAUCCUCAGGGAGCUUAUUACUUUCCUGGGAAAACAAUUCAGAGGGGAAGGCGAAUUAAAAGCUAUGUGGUUAUUCCCAACAACGGCUGCCUUGACACGCGUUACUCAUUGACAAUGAUAUUUUGGGUUUACCCCGAAUCUCCUGGACCUUUGAUCCAUUUCAACCCGAAAGGAUGGGGCGUUCAUUUAUUGAUUACUCGUCUGUACCAACUCUACUUCCGGUUGAUGCCGCGUAAAAGGUCUGGCAUUAGAGGGAAAGUGCUGGUUGGUCGUGGACUUAAACCGAGGACGUGGAACUAUGUCGCCGCUACUUACAACCACAGAACUGGCUUGGCGACUUUGUUUAUCAAUAGCUAUCCGAUAGCACAACGAAAUGUUGGGAAGUUCCGAAAUGGACUGGCAACUAAUUACCCGAUAAUCAUUGGUAAGAGGCCAGGAAGUCGACGCGUGUUUCGUGGACGUCUCGCGUGUUUCCAGAUAUUUAACGUGGCACUCACUCGACUCCAGCUCGUGGCACUGCAGAAAAAAUGUUUCCGUCCAAGUAAGCACCUAGAAUUUAUCGGUUUUAUUAAAUCUUGUAAGACUGCUCACCUCAAUCUGAUGUUUGUCGAGGUCGAUCGCCGAGUUCGAAAGGCUUCUCUCUUGGGGACUGUGCAAUAAUCUUCAGGAGGGGAGCUUUGAAACCAGAGGGGGGGCACCAUGUAAAAUCAUAGCAUAACGAUGGGGGCAGCAUGUAAGAUAAUCUUUCAAGGAGGGGAGUGGUAUCUAAUUUUUUUUGUGGGAAGGCUGUCUCAAACCAUAAUACUGAUUUCGUAUCAAAAUAUAGCAAAGAGCUAACAAUAAUAGACCCACCCACGGUUUUUUCAGCAUGGCUGAAAAAAACGCCUUAAAAUCAGUAAAGUUUACCGAGUUUGAAAGUGAUCCGUUGAAAACUGACGAAGAUACAGCUCAGCAAAGUCGAUGAAUUUUACAGAGGUAUGUAUGGUGAGGGGUGGGGUGAUUGUAAGGUCGUGCCCCCCCCCCCCCUAAAAUUUGGCGGCUUUGUGGGGCAGUAGUUUCGUUCGCUUUUGGCUUACCAACUUUAAAAAAGACAAAUUUACUAAUUUUAAGGCGCUCUUUCCAGCGUUGUAUUUAUUAGCUUACUGGCCUUUAUCAAAACUUAAAAAACCGUGGAAGGGUGCAUUAGUACCAAAGCUAUCAACGAUUCUGGUUACAUGAUAUUUUAGCUCAUUUGUAACUACACAGGGGUGUAUCCAGGAUCUCAGGUAGGCGGUGUCCCAUUACAAGACAAAAGUAACUAACAGAUUUAGUGUCCCCUCAAAAAUAAAUUACUAUUAAAUGUAAAGACAUAAUUUUUAAGUGACCUAGGGGUCGGUCAGAACUAACUUGCCUUUGUUGGCAGGGGGCGCUCCGUAAUAUUACUUCAUGCCAGGCUCUUUUUUCAGAGUCCCCCUCCUGAUAAUUAUUGCACAAUCCCUUGAUUCUUGUGGCGAGCGAAAAUUGGGCGGAGUACAAAUUACCCGUUAUGGUUGGGGCGAGGAAUCAAGAAAAAUAUUCUUACUUUCUUUCACUCCCAGUCCCCUUGCUCUCUUCCCAGAGUUCGAACAGCAGAUGAAAUUAUGAUGGCGAUUUUUUGAACUCAGGGAUCUCUCUCGACAAUCACCAGGGAAAUGGGGGAUUAUGAAUAGCCUAGGAUUUUAUGCCCUUUCUCCAUGAAAACUAACGGUGUUAACGUUGGUUUUGUUUUCCCUCCAGUUCCUACACGCCCACCAACGCCAGUACCAGGUGAUUAUUCUUUAAUCCUCUUUAAAAAUGUUUAUAGGAAAGUACAUGUAUAUGCUAAAGCCGUGACUUAUACUGGGCCAUAACUUUCUGCUUGUUUUUGAUUCCAGUCUGCAAAUCUCGCGUGGACCUUGGAAUACUUGUCGAUGUCUCCAGAAGUAUAAUGCGAAAGAACUUCAGAAAGGUCAUUGAUUUCUUGAAAUCUCUGGUUAGCUUCUUUCCGCUUUCUACGCGAGGAACUAGGGUUGGUUUGAUGAUAUUCCAUUCUCGAUCCCAAGUCGUGUUUGGUUUCAAUCGAUAUGGUUCUCGAGCACAACUUGUGAGGGCAAUUGGCCGCUUAAGGUUUGUCUGACUGUAGCAAGAAAAUAUAAACUGGGAAAUUUGUUUCUUAACACUAAAUGAUUUAAACCUACGUUAGGGGUAUUAUAAUGUAGAGUUUUUUACGUCCACUCUGAAAUUUGACUAGGCACCAACCCCGGCGGCGUGGUACGUACAUCGGGAGAGCACUGCGUAAGGCCAGAAGAAGACUUUUCCGCAGGCGAUCACUGCGUGGACGUAAACGAGCUCUGCUUGUCAUAACCGACGGUGUCUCCGCGGAUCGUGUUCGCCGACCCGCUUUACGGCUCAGGAAAGACGGCGUGGAAAUCUUUGCCUUGGGUGUUGGAUCUGGUUUUAGAAGACGUCAGUUGCAACUUAUUGCCUCAAAUCGUCUUAAUCUAUUUACAGCUGGUUUUAGCCGUCUUGGAAAAGUCGUGAAAGCUAUUAAAGAGAAAGUAUGUGAGCCUGCUAAACCAUCACCUAAACGUAAGUUCUGGUGUCUUUUGCAAAGAGUAGAGAGUAGUUCAGUCAAUAACAGUUAUUAUCAGCAGUAUUAUUGUUGUUGUUUAGAUCUGUAUCAAGAUGUCGAGAAAAGUCAAAUAUUAUUCACCAAUUGAGAAUAAUUUUCCCUUUCAUUCACCUUAUCUCGUUCCAACUUUCUUCUGGCAUUUAUCCUCUUCAUUUCUUCUCCGCCUCCCUGCCCUCCUCCCCCGCUGAAUCCUCGCGUGGUGUUCAAAACACUAGUUAGAAACACUUGGAAGAGGUAGGAUGGAACAUUCUUCAGUUCUUACGAAAAUGGUCAGUUUUCUCAAGUCUGUUCUCUUUUUUUGUUUUGUAGCCCCCGUUCCACCGCCAACAAGUAAGUACGGUGUGAAUUUAGAUAGGUUACCUGUUGGUUCAAGAUGUAUUUUAUUUAAUAUAAGAAUUAGGAAUAGUUUUAGGACAAUAAUAAAUAAUUGUGUUCCCAUUAAAGCAGAUCAGCUUCAUUUGAUCAUUCAAAGCUAUUUUAUGGAUUCCGGACUCGUAAUAAAAAGCUUUGUUUUAUCAGGACCACCACGUGCCGCUGCUUUGUACCCUCUUAACAGCAGAACCCAAGGUCGUGAUAUUGGUCCAAGAAAAAAUAAACCUGGGCGUUCUCGAGGAGUACGUCUGUCUCCCGGACCAGAUGGCUUCCCCAGGGGUUCAUUUUAUUUCCUCGGUCAACGUGGGAGUUAUACGUAUUUUCCAAACCAUGGAGGUAUCGAUACCAGAAACUCAAUCACUCUUUUAGCGUGGGUCUAUCCUGAGAGUGGUGGACCUAUAUUUAACUACAGACCCCGGGGCUCAGGCGUCAGCUUGUGGGUCAUCAGAAGAAGGACGCUGUAUGCGAAGUUUGUACGGCGCUCUGGAAAAGGUGCUUUCGUACUGAGAACUCGACAAGCUCUUCGACCGCGCAUGUGGAACUACAUUGGCGCAAGUUACGACUGUAAGACUGGGUUAGCAACGUUAUGGCAGGAGUCUUCGCCCAUUGCACAAAGAAACAUCGGAAGAGGGUUAAGGCUGGCCACUAACUAUCCUGCUGUUAUGGGAAACAAGCCUGGCUCCAGGACAUAUUUCCGCGGUCGUAUCGCAUGUAUGCAGGUGUUUGAUGUGGCUUUGAAUGGUCUACAGAUGCGCAAACGCAGGAAUGUAUGUUUUAGAGGUAAGGAACAAACCUUAGAAGAUCUCCUUGCUAAAAACAGCUCAAAAUUUUCUCAGGUUAUUGAAAUCUGCAGAGGGUUACAACCAGCUUCCAAUUGCAGAAGUUACCUGACUGCCAACCUUGCGUGGACAUUUAGACCUGCCCGAAAAGACUGGAUAAUCCGCGACUAGAACUUUGGACCGAAAAAUCUAGUAGGGGCUUCAUGAUGUGCCCCUCUACUUUUUUACCAAUACUCUUUCUGAACUAUAAUCUUUUGCAUGACAUCGAUUUUAACUUUCUGUGUCGUACUUAGUAACCGAUAAUGAAUUUGAUUCUCUUCUUAGGUGGCCCUCCGCCCACACUACCUCCACCUGGUAAGUAUCUUACUGUAUAGGCGAAUCUUUGUUUACACUUUUUGCGUCAUUAAUAUAUGCUUAUCACUAUCUGGUGAUGCUAAUAAAAUAUAAACUCUGAAUAUUGAAAGGGCAUAACAGUUUCAGUUAUCUCUGAAAAUUUUAGCCCAAUACACCGAAUGGUUUCGGAGAAAUUCUCUUCUAAAAACUCGAAGUUUUACAGAUAAUAUAUGGCUGAUAUUACGUUGACUUCAAGGGAGGGCUUCUUUAACUUGUGCACUUGUUUACAAACUUGCCCGUGAUGUUAAGUCAUACGGUGUUUCUUCCUCAGAACUUCCACUUCUCGUGGCCAUCUUCCCCCUCGACAAGGAAUCCAAGACCAAGGACAUCACUAAGAACAAUCCACCAGGUAUACCAUCAAACGUCCGCCCUGCUCCAGGCCCUGACGGACGUCCUGACGGAUCAACUCUUUUCUUCGGAUCAACUAACAGCUACAUCGAGUUUCCAAACAAUGGCCAACUAGACACCAGGCGUUCCAUGACUAUCUUAGCCUGGGUGUACCAUAACGGGCGUUCAGGUCCAAUAUUUAACUACGACCGGCGUGGUUUUGGUGUUCAUUUAUGGAUGGUUGGACCCAGAGUUCUUUUUGUGCGCUUUGUAAGACGCUCCCGCAGAAGGACUUCGUCAGUAGCAACCUACUCUAAAAAGCCACGUUAUCGCGCGUGGAAUUACAUUGGCACCACGUACGAUUACAACACUGGUGUGGCGACACUAUGGCUCAACUCCAGGCCCGUUGCACGGCAAAGCAUCGGUCGCUUUGAUUUGGCCACAAAUUAUCCAGUCAGAAUGGGUGCUCGAAUUGGAGAUCGAAGAGCAUUCCGCGGAAAAAUCGCCUGUCUACAGGUGUAUAGCGUCGCUUUGACAGCAAAGCAGAUUCGUGGGGCGCGGAAGAGGUGCUUCAAAAAGAGUAAGUCGAUUUGAUUAUAUCUGUUGAAGAGGGAGACUAUUAAGGGGCUAGUUAAAGAAACCAGUCUUUUUUUUUUUCGAUUCUACGUUGUCUUCUGACAAUGUUUGGAAGAAGCACUUUUUUGGUCAGGUUUAACAAUAUUUUUGCUGCCUCAUUUAACUUCUAUUUUGUCCAUAAAUACCCAUAAUCUAUUCAAUUCACUGACCAUUUCUUUUUCUUUUCCAUUUAGUUAUUAAGCCAACUCCACCUGGUGAGUACUAUUUUGUGUUUUAUCAAACCUUGUUACAGCAAUUUCAUGUUCUUUUGUUGACAGAUGAUGUAUGAUCAAGAGAAGAUGAAACAGACAACUAGUCACUAGGCUCAAUUUGAGUGCUUGCAAUUUUUUUUUUUUGAAAACGUGGUGUGUGAAAAACAACUAGUUAUUUGAGAGGUUAACGCAAGGCUUGGGAAAAAUUGUAGGUUUUUUUUCUAAUAGAUUAAAACUGUUUGUCUUUCUUGCUUUUCCAAUAGACUUGAAGACUUUUCAACAAAUCGUAGUGCCGGAAAUGAAUUUUAUCCCACUAAGACUUUCGUGACUAAAAAUUCCAUGCUUGCGUCAUGAAAACUACCAAUAGGUAUCUACUAAUGUCUAAUCUAGGGAUUCACUACUGGCAUGUCCUUAAAAAAGGUGGUACAUUGAUUCCUUUAACCUUUCCCUUUUUUCUGAAUUCUGGAGGGGAUGGUAGUCUUUGAAUUUGUUUAUUAAUGUGGUGCAUUUAGCUUUUAAGCGUUACUAUGAUCAUAUUUUCUUUUGUCUCGUGUUUGUCAGUUCCAGUAACGACCUCGACUCGUCGUCCAGGAAGUAAGUUUAUGUAUUUUUUUUUCUUUUUCGUGGGCAUUUUUUCUGAGACUAUUUUACUCUUAAAAUAACGGUCCUACGUCAAUAUGUAUGUGAAUGAUCCUGCUGUUUUCGUCUUCUUUCGUUCCCUUGUUCUCUUUUGCCCUUAUUCAUCGCUUUUAUAGCAACGAAAUAAGUACAAUAAACAAGAAUGAAUCCGUGUGGUACUAAAAUGCUUAAAAAGGAUAUUUAUUUACCUUUCUAAAAUACUAAAUAGUUUGAACUGUUAAGAAUUAAUGCAUUGAUUAUUGUUUCUUCUUAACUGUACUGUUUUACUUAGUGUGCACAAAACCUGUGGACCUCGGUUUUCUCAUCGAUGGCUCUGGAAGCAUCGAAUACCAAGGAAAAGGAAACUUUCCUCGUAUGCUCAACUUCGUCAAGUCUGUUGUCAGCUUCUUUGAAGUAUCCCGAGGAAAAUCACGAGUUGGUUUCGUGCUCUUCUCCUCUCAUACGAUUCCGAUCUUUCCAUUUGGACGAUAUUCGUCCAAGGGUCAAAUUCUCAAGGCAAUAGAAAGGGUUCGUUACCCUCGAGGAGGAACUAAAAUUGGUAAAGCUUUAGACUUCACUCGUCAUUACCUCUUCAAGGGCUCCUCUCUGCAAGGACGAAAGCGAGUGCUGGUCUUACUAACAGAUGGUUUGUCACAGGAUCGUAUUGGUUUAGCAGCAAGUCGUAUGAAAGCUACAGGUGUUGAAGUUUUUGCUAUCGGACUUGGAAAGAAGGUUAAGCAUCCGCAGCUGAGGAUGAUUGCAACAGACCGGAACCACGUGAUGACCACGUCCUUCAGCACACUGAUGACACUCAUACUAAAGCUAAAGAAUCAAAUUUGCCAAAAACUUGGUGAGUGGAAUGUUUUAAGUUCCCAACAAAGUUCUGGGCGAAAUUCAUAUUUAUUAUUUUUUUACUAGGAUCCUCUUAAUUUUGGUGCACUUACUUUUCAGUUCCUACAGUUCGCCCAGUUACACAACCAACGAAACCAAGGGGUGAGUCACUUUAUUGCUUUAACUUUUAAUUCAAUGACACAAUAUAAUCUCCCCGUAUUAUUGGAGCAGAUUACCGUUGUCAGUCUGUUCUGUGUAAAGGUUGCCCACUGCUCAAUGCUGCUCCUCGUGUUUGGCCAAAAAACGUAGAUUGAUUGACUUACUGGUUGCUUGAACGACUGAUUAGUUGGUUGAUUGAUUGAUUGAUUGAUUGAUUGAUUGAUUGAUUGAACGACUAAUUGACUGAUUGAUUUAUUGGUUGCUUGGUUGGUUGGUUUGUUGAUUGGUUGGUUAAUUGAUUGGUUGAUUAUUGACUGAACGACUGAUUGAUUGAUUGAUUGAUUGAUUCUUCCAAGAUUGCUCAGAAAAUAUACUUCAGUUUUUUACGACCAUUAGUUUAAACUGGUCCAUCGGCAUUAUUUAGCAGUUCUCUGUAAAGUAAUUGCGUAAAAACUGCUGAAUUGUAGCCUAAAUCGUAUUGAACAAUGUACGUUUUUGUUUACCAUGAUCUGACAAAGUAGCGUUUCAUAAGCAGCGCUAGUCCCUCGUAGCUUAGUGGUUAGAGCAUGCGACCGGUGUACGGAAGGUCAUGGGUUCAAUUCCUGUCGGGGACUCAGAUUUUUUCUUUGUCCCAUUCUAUGCUUGUGACAUGUUGAUCACCUCAUUUCUCAUUUCUUCACCGAGCUUAAUAUUUAUCACCAUUCUUAAUCUAAGUUUGGUUUGUGUUUUCAUAGUUAAACUGCCCAGAACUCUGGCGGUGUAUCCGCUGGACAGGAGAAGAGGUGGACGAGACAUUAGCCGAAGUCGAAAUCCCAGUGCAAGACUUAUCGGAGUUAGAUACAACAAAGGCCCUGAUGGUCGUCGGGACGGCUCCGUUCAGUUUUAUGGACGACGAAACAGCUACGUAGAGAUUCCGAACACGGGACGACUAAACGCGCGAUACUCCAUUACUGUUCUCACAUGGGUGUAUAACGAGGGCAGAUUUGGCACCAUACUGAAUUACAACCCUAAUCGUAAAGGGUUCCAACUUCGCAUGAUCAGUAGAAGAGUUCUCCAAGUAGUGAUAGUACAGCGCAGGCGCAGGAGAGUAAUCACGGUACGAACGCGUGGACGUUUCAUGAAAUACAAGGCUUGGAACUAUGUUGGCGUUACAUACAGCGAGAGACGACAAACCAUGACGAUCAGGGUAAAUUUAAAAGUUGUCGCAAGAAGGAGAAUAGGACGGCUACAGUUAGAUAUCAGGAGGUCUAUCAGGCUUGGAAGCCAAAGAGGCAAUAAGAACUACUUCCGGGGGCGCUUAUUUUGUCUUCAGUUGUACAGUGAGGCACUGUCUGGAAAGCAGAUCAACGAAGCUAAGAAAAAGUGUUUCCUUAAAGGUAAAGAUUAACAACUUCUGUAAGUGUUGCUGCUGCUGUUACAAAAUAGGUACUUGAAGGAGACGUUAUUGUACUUGUUUAGAUGCCUAAUCGAACAAAAUGACGACUGGUACUUGCGGCCCUCCCAUGCAAUCGUAGUUUUUAAAUUUGUCCUGUUACUGUCAACAAUGUAGAAUAAGUAAAACGAAUGCUUUACCUGCCCCGUUAAAGAAACAGUUUCCCUAUCUUAACCAGAACAGACAUAUUUCGGUGCUUACACCUCAAAAAUCUUGAUAUUUAGUAGUUUUUCCUAGAAUUUCAGCUCUACUUGACCCAUGAAGUUUACAAGCCCCUGCCUAUUGCUUUUCUUUUCCUUCGCAGGGCCACCCAUUGUUACUCCGACACCCACCCAGCGGCCAACGCCUGCUCCAAGGAGUAAGUUUUAUUCUGUUCCAUUAAUUUUUUCCUUCUACCUGUUGUAAUCAAAAUGCCGGCCAACAUUGUUUAGAUCUUUUCUGUAAUUUCGGUACCAAUCACAUUUAUCGAGUAGUUGUGUUCGUUCUAUUGUCGUUACUCUUCCCCGCAAUUUUUAGAAUCAUAUCAUUCCGUGAUAUAAUUAAAUAUCUGAUUAAUCUAUUCAUUUAUCUUACACUACUCUUUGUUUCAUUUUUCUAUUUUUAACAGUUUGCCGAGCUCGUAUUGAUCUCGGGUUCCUUAUCGACACCACCACUAAAGUCGCCCGCUCCAGAAGGCGAAAUCUCCAGCAGGUUAUCAACUUUGUGCGGGAAACUGUUCGUCGAUUUACAAUCUCUCGAAGAGCAACACGCAUCGGUGUAGUAACGUACGCGUCACGUGCUCGUCCAAUCUUUGAUUUCUCUAGGUCGUACACACUAGGGCGUAUUUAUAGUGCGAUUCGCCGAAUUCGGUCUCUCAGAGGAAGAAGACGAUUGGGUAGAGCUUUGUAUUAUGCCAAACGCUACCUGUUUAGAGGAAAACCGCAGUGUGGAAGACGAAGAAUCUUAAUCGUGCUAACCGCUGGGCAGUCAAUCGAUAGAGUGCGGAGACCGGCGAUGGCGCUUCAGGGAGCUGGCGUCGAGUGUUUUGUGGUUGGGCUGGGACGUGUAAGUGGUAGAACCCUUCAAACGUUAACCACUGACAGGCAUCACGUGUUUGUUGUCGGAUUUACACAACUUUAUACUAUAGUGCGAACGCUCAAGGACAGGAUUUGCUACUCCCCAGGUAAGGGCUCUGGAUAUUUAAAGUGACCUCAAGUUAAUUCAACUUGAUUCAAAGCUUUACACGAGGACAGAAUCAAAUUCAUUACCUUGGCUGAUGACUCAUUUUCUCUUGUAAAUUAGUACACAUUAACGUAAUCCGUUGGUUUCAUAAAGGGCAUACUACAUUCUAAAGGCACCAAAACUAAAAAAAAAUGAUUUUAUAGGGGUAACACAAUUACUGCCAAACAAAUAGUUAUUAUUCUGGCCCAAGGGGUUAAGAAUCACAACUUACCCUGAGGCAAACCAGUCGGUUAUUUACAAGGGUGACCGACGAGCCAAGGGGGUGAACUCGGGCUACUGAGAACAAAUCCAGCACGCUUUUAAGGCAAGGAUUGAAAUUGGGGCCUUCGGUUUAAAAUUCCAGAGCUCCAAACGCCUGCCACUCUGCUUCCUCUGUGAAUGUCGCUCCACCUUCAGUUUUUUUUUUCAAAUUGAGUCCAUGCUCUGAUAUCUACAAUCUAGAACUGCUGCUAUUGAACUUUUAUGUGCAGCUUUCUCGCGUCAAUGUUCUAGAUAUUCAUUGAAAUGUUGCUCAAAUAUUGUUAUUUGUUUUUAGUUAUUCGCCGUGGCGCCGUCGCCGUUUACCAGUUUACCAGCGCGUCCAAAAACCGUGACGUCAGUAGUUUCGUCAAUCCACCAGCGAGAUUUGUUGGUGUGUUCUAUUCACGUGGCCCUGACAACCACCCUAGAGGCGCCAUCUCCUUCAGAGGAAUAAGAACUAGCUACGUCCUUAUCCCCAACAACGGCUGCCUAGAUACGAGGUAUUCAAUAACAAUUAUUUUCUGGGUUUACCCCGAGAGUCCUGGACCAUUAAUUCAUUUCAAACCAAAUGGCUGGGGUGUUCAUGUUUGGAUAGUGAAAUCAUUUAGACUCUACGCCCGGUUCGUUCCUCGUUCUGGUAAAUCUGUGAGGCCGCUGUACAAAAAGAUCAAGCCACGUCAAUGGAACUACGUCGCUGCUACAUACGACCACCGGACAGGUUUAGCCACUUUGUGGCUUAGCAGCCUACCCAUAAUCCAACGGAAGAUUGGACGCUUCCGUCUUGGUUUGGCAACUAAUUACCCGAUUGUGAUUGGACGCAAGCCUGGCGAUAGACGUAGGUUCCGUGGGAAGAUCUCUUGCUUGCAGAUUUACAACUUCGCGAUGAAUGGUGUACAAAUUCGCAGCAAAACGAAAAUAUGCUUCCGAGCAGGUUCGUACCAGUAUUUUUUGGCAAACACUCGCUUUGAAUACAAUGCAAAAAAAUCGAUUUUUUUUUUCCUGUGGAUCAGAAUAUGAGCUGAAAAGCAGGCGAAUUUUUGGAGUGGCGAACUCCUAAGUUCCUGAGUGUAGUCACUAACUUUCGUAUUGAAAGAAGAAAUAUUUUUGUAGUUGUAAUCUUCUUCGUCCUCCGACCCUGUCCCUCGACCCAUUCGACCAUCCACACAUCUCCAACAUGACACCAGCGAAUUUAUAUGCUCGCGCUCCCUCGGUAAAGCCUGUACUUCUUCAGCAGGUCAAUUCUCUCUGUAUUUUACGUGAUUUCUGUUUUAUUUCACUUUAGUUCCAACGCCUGCGCCUCCCAUCCCAUCACCAAGCCCAACAAAGCCUCCAGGUAAGAUGCACAGCGUGUGUAUUUUAAUUUGUUCUCUUCUUGUUUAGGAUGAAAAGUACCAAGAAGGGUAAAGUCACACCCUUAUGUAUGACCACCACGGCUCCUAAGCAAUACGCCAUCUUUUCAACAACAUCCUCCUAGAUAUGCAUGAUUCUUCACAUCCUACUCAGCCUCGUUCGAUAAUUGCUAAAAAUGCGUAGUGGCCUAGACGGGGACAGGGGAAAGUAGCUUGCUAUUAUAUUUAAAAUCACAGACUCUAAAUACACUUUAUAUAAGUGAGGUUUUCCCUUGGAUAUAACAGCGGUCUUCUUUAUUUUCAGUUUGUCGAUCACGAGUCGAUCUGGGCUUCCUCAUUGAUGGAUCGGGAAGUAUACGAAAGCAUUUUACUCGCGUCCUUGACUUUGUCAAAACGCUCAUCAGCUUUUUUCCAAUUUCCCCAAGACAAACGCGUGUCGGUGUUGUGGUAUUCUCAUCUCGGCCAUAUCCCAUCUUUCCAUUCAACCGUUACUACUCGAAGACAAGCGUGAUCAGGGCAGUUGAUCGUAUAAGGUACCCGUAUGGAGGAACUAGGAUUGGUCGAGCGUUGAGAUUUGUCUCAAGGUAUGAAUUUUUAAAAGUGAAGUUUAGUUAUGGAUGGUCAGGGCGACCUGUGGGAAAAAGAAAUGAAAAAUAGAGAACGUUCAUUAAUACACAGCUAUGAAGAAGAAUUUAGGCUUGAAUUGCGUUGUAACGCAUAAUCGAAGAAUUUUCGGAUGCUCAGUAUUCUAACGUCUACAGGCAUGACAGUCAAACAGAAGAAUAUUUCUCACGUGUUUUCCUAGUUCCUGAUCUCUCACCUAACUGUUUUGAAUAAUAAGAAAGAGGCCAAUUGCAGGAUGACAUCUUUUUGUCACCAGAACCAGAAUUCAUUUCGUUUUUACUUUUAUAUUUGAAUUUGGAAAUUCCAGUGAGGGUUAAUAACAAAAGCCCUUAUUUGCACAAGAAAGAAAAUUCCUGAAGGGCUGGCUUGAUAACUACGCAAGGCCAUGUCCACUGGAAUCCAGACAUUUCUUAAGUCGCCUAUUUUUUAUCCGGAUUCAUGUGGUCGCCGCUCUGAAGAGCGGUUUCAAAACAAUGCGGCGUCGUCCCAUGUAAUGGAAUCCGAAUUCUGGAAUCCGGUAAAUUUUUGUUUAUGGAAUCCGAAAUCCUGGGUUUUGGAAUCCGGAAUACAGCUCAAGGAGUCCAGAAUCCCACUAACAAUUGGAAUCCAGAAUCCAAGUUCCACUGACAGAGACUAGAAUCCAGAUCCUGGAAUCCGGAAUCCACAGCCUGGAAUCCGGAUUCCAGGACUGUCUUGGAUUCCCUUAAAGGGGGCGAAAUGCGGUUUCGGUGUCCGGAUUCACCGGUCUCGUUUGGAAAGAACUGGCUGAUUUGUGGAAAAAUAGUAUGCAGUUUAAAAUUUAUCCGAAUUCGUGUGGACAUAGCCUUAAGUUAUGACCCUUAUUUCUGUUUUGGCUGUUUGCGUGUCGAGGUUCUUAUGCUGCACUGAUGAAGCUCACCUAUUCUCUAUUGUUAAGCAGGGAUGAAUGCACGUCCCAACUCAGAAUUAGAUUACGCGUGUUGGACAAUAUAAACGCGCAUGUUUAGAUUUAAUUAGCGGAAGCUCUUGAAUCAGGUUAAACUUCCAACACAUACCAGAAGGAAAAGGGUGAGAAGUCUAAAAUUCAAUCAGGAGCUGUUAUAAUUUACCGUGGAAUCCCGAUUUUUCGAACCACCUUGGGAAAGGUUCGACUCAUUGGGUGGUUUGAAAAAAAGACUGUAAAGGGCUUGAAAAAUCGGGAUUCUACUGUAUGUAUAUAUUUUGCUGUCCCCAGGUUCCUUUUCUCGCGUGGGAGAAUAAGAGGAAGAAAGCCCGUUCUUGUCAUUCUGACCGACGGCAUCUCACAGGAUAAUGUUGUCCAACCAGCCAGGAGUUUGAAGCGCAAAGGAAUUGAACUUUUCUCCUUAGGGAUUGGUAACAAGUUCAGAAGACUCCAACUUCAACAGAUGGCAUCAAGUCCAUCGCAUGUGAUGACAGCCGGAUUCAGAAAACUGAACACUGUAUUAGCCGCUCUUAAGCACAGGGUUUGCAUGCCUUUUGUUCCACGUGAGUGUUUCUUUAUAAUUACAGUCAAGCCAGGUCAAGCGUAUCCCCCUCAAAAUUCUAUUCAUUCCUCUGUGCAUUCCUGCAUGCUUCAUGAGCAGUAAAUUAACUCGCGAGGUAUCCAUCAAAUUUCUGUAAGCUCGUCAGUUUUCCUGAAUUUGAUUUAACUUUCUUCAUGGCAAUUUUUUCCAUUCAAAGAUUUUCCAAUUUGACCGAAUACUUGAUUGUUGUAGUCAAACACUUGCUGCUCAUUAUGCAUUCAGGAAUACAGAUUUAAGUCAACACUACACUGACUUUAGUUGUGGCAACGACUGACGGAUUCAUGUUUCAAAUAAUCAGUUCAUUAAUAGAUUCUAUAGCAGUAUGCUUAACGUGGCUUGACUAAGUCAAUUUGUGCUAUUUCUUAUUCAAACUUUCUUGUUCAAAGGACAAUCCGGAGCUUAACCAAAAGUGCCGGCUUAAUGCGCGUGACUUGCCUUGUAAACCAAGAUACAGUCAAAUCCCGUUAAUACGGACACUAAGGGGGCCAUAGAAAGUGUCCGUAUUGACGGGGUGUCCGUAUUAAGUGGGUUGAAUUUGGAGAAAAUGUGAGGUCUUACGUUUCCCAGGGAAAAGGAAAACUCUUCUUAGUAACAAGGUGUCCGUAAAGCUUUCUCCCACUGGAACAAAUUUGUUUCUAUCCAUGCCCAAUCCAGGCCCUGAUUUUCUAUAAAUGGAUAAACCUUUCACCUCUAUAAUCGGGAUUACAGGGAAAUAUCAGUCAUGGUUACGUUCAUUAUGGGAAAAGCAAUUUUCUGCGGCUAAUUCUUCUUCAUCCAAUUGGGCCAGUAAAGGCGCGCGGUGAUCUCAGCUGAUUAAUUAUCCUAAUUUCCUGGAUAGUCUUAGAGAUUUUAUUUUGUCUUCAUUUCAUAAAUGCUUGGCUGCUUUUUGUUUCCAUAGCGACCAGGCCGACUCGUGCACCUGGUAAGUAAUAAACGAUACCAUUGUUUAUUGGUAAUGGUUGGUUAUCAUAUGCUAUGUAGUUAAAUUUCAUUGGCUAGUGCCAUUUGCUACUUGAUUUUCAUUGGUUCUUUAACUGUCCGAUUUGACCUGUCUGAUAACAAGCUCUUGGUAACCGGACAGUUUUGAAGUUACAAUAGCAAAAUUAAGCUAUAAAUAUGGGCUGUUAAAAAGUAAUCAGAUUCAAGCAUUUUGUUCUUGACACAAUUAAGUAAUAUUAUUUCUCCUUCAAAAUAUUUCUCCGUUUCUGAUUGGCUAAAAUCCGACGCAUAACUCAUCAUAACCAGCUACUGUCGACCAAAUUUGGAAGAAUUCUGUAAUAUGUGAAAAAUGACAUCAGUUGUACAGCAAAAUUACCAGAUUAUUGAACAGUCAACCGAGAAGACCUGGGGACGAGGUUGAGUUGUUUUGGUAGUGGGUACAAAAUGGCGGAACAUUUCACUCGUUUCACGAGGAAGAAAUAGGCAAGCUAUUGGCUAAAACAAAGCACGAACAGCAAGAAGACAACUCGACGGACAACUUGUGCUAUUUGGAGAACAUUUGCAGUACUGAACAACCCUUUAUCUCCUAAACUUGCCGAUAAACAUGUAUUUGAAAAUGACAUUAACAUCGAUGGAGGAAAGCAUAUUUUAGCUUGUUUUUAAACCAGGAAUUAUUUUGAAUGAAUAAUAAAACAAUUAUUGAAUUCGGCUUUCGUAUCAUCUGAAUAAUUAUGGAAAUCGAGGAGGCUGUUAUCCGCCUCGAUCUCCAUAAUUCUUCAGAUAAUACGAAAGCCGAAUUCAAUAAUUGCUAAUGCGCAGUCACCCAUCAAUUGUUUAUUUCAGUACGUUUCCUCUAAAAAUCGUUCAAAAUACAAACGACAACAGUGAUACCUGGGGCAAGCUUUUAUUUAGUUUGACACUUUAUGUUAUCAUCCUCCCUUAAAACGAUAGGUAUAAUGAGGAUGUAAGAUUGACAGUGAGGUAAACUGGCCAAAGCAUGAGCCAUCUAGGCCACUUGCCACAUUUGAGAUGUUUUUCAUUCGCUUAUCAACCGCUAAGAAGGCAGAUAUCGUGACUUUUCUGGCCUGCAUUUACUUAUCAAUCGUACUUCUAUUUUGUGACCAGUUUGUCGCUUAUCAAUUGACAUUGGUUUUGUAUUGGACGCCUCUGGAAGACAGGCUAGACUGCGCUUCAGAAGAAUCAAACAGUUUGUCCGUCUUCUUUUGCAAUCAUUUUCGAUCUCGCCGAGACGAACUCGAGUAGGAGUCAUCGUUUAUGGCUCAAGACCGCGAAUGGCAUUCGGACUUAGCCGCUAUACCAGUUUACGCAGCGUUGAUCGCGCUGCCAGAAGACUGCGUUCCAGGCGAGGUUCUAGACGCACCGGAAGAGCGUUGCAGCUUGCUCUUAAUCGACUCUUCAGACGCAGUAGGAAAAAGAGGGUAUUAAUUGUGGUCACCACUGGACAAUCCGCUGAUAGCAUAAGAGUACCCACCCUCCAGAUACACCGAGCGGGUAUUGAAGUCUUUGCCGUAGGUGUUGGUACACGAGUACGAAAUAGUGAACUUAGUACAAUAGCGACUGGCCCUCGUCACAUUUACAUGGUGACUUUCAAGACGAUAAACGGUGCUGUCAAGAGUAUAACCAAGAAAGCUUGUAAAGGUAUUCGUUAGAGCAGUAGUUGUAUUUUUUUUAUACACUUGAUGAACUCAACUCCCGCACCUGAAAAAGAAACCUUUAAUUGGCCAUGUUCUUAACGAGCGGAGAACUAGUACGACUUAUGACUGUAGAGAUCGUUUUGAGGGACAGCAAAAACAUGGCAGACAGCAGAGCAAGCCACCUGUUCGAUUCUCUCAGGGUUCAUUCUGACUAAAGAAGACAAACUUUUUACCUCAGGUUCUUAAACAAUUUUGUAAAGUAAAAAAAAUGUAUUUCUGAAACUAUUACUGCAGUUUGGAACACAGCACCUUUAGUGCACCAUGAUUUGUUGAUCUUCGUGCAGUGUCCCUCCAAAAGAUCCCAAGAAGCUUUGUGGCCGCAUAUUCUACCCAGUUCUUCACUCAUUUAGAAAAAAAGCUCAUAGCUCCAGGCGGGUACAGGUUGCUAACGUCGUGCAGCAUUACAUGCCUUUAAGAUUGUGUACCAUGUGACACGAGCUGCUGUUCUGUGUCCCUUUAUUUAUAUUUGCAAGAGAGUCCACUGUGAUAUUGGGAGUUGUUUUGCAUGGUUAACUGAACGUUUUCGUCGGAACUUGACCUCCUGUGCAUAACAACAUGGCUUUGGACCGCUAGAGGGAAGCAGACUGUAACUAGGAAAACACGAGAAAAGGCAUACUCUUGUAGGCUUGUUUUCUCCACCAGAGAAUAAUUCUACAGGUUGUUUGGCAUAACUUAAAAUCACUGCAUUUGUCUGAGAGACUCUUCCCUUUAAAGAAUAAGCUGAACUGCUGAAUUACAUGCCUAAAUUUCAGUUUUGUUGCUGAUGUUGUUGUUGUUUAUUUCUUUUCCCUUCGUUUUGUUAUUGUAUUUGUCUUUUGUAAACGUACUUAACUAAUUAUCUAUUCUUACUUUAGCGCAAAUCACGACACGGCCCACCUCCAAACCAACCAAGGCGCCGACUCCCAAAGCACCAAGUAAGUUUGUUGGCUGGAACUUAGUUUGCAGUAUCGAAAUGAUAAAAUAGAAACAUAUAAAAUGAUUUAUGGCAAAUUACACUUUCUAGAAGUCAGUUUUUCGCCGCUCAAACGAUGUUGACGUGCUGUCUAGGUGCAAAUCUCUCUCGCCAGGUUGAUCUUUUUUUCUUUUAUCUAUGACAUUUUGGUUAUGAAACAAAAGAAUAGUGAUUAAAGUAAAUCAAAAUCAAAGCUAAGUUUUAAAUGAUGCUCAUGUUUAAUAUCAUACAGGCGUCUGGCCUCCACAACAAACUCCUAACUUUUAGAAGAUGCAGGAGAUUAAAUCAAAAGAAAAAACUGAGGCUUCAAUGUUUCAAACGGUUCUUUGCUAGUUUUUUCUAUUUUUUCUUAUGGCCUUCUGUGUUUGCAGGGUUUCCUCAACCUAUUGCAAUAUACGCCCUCGACCAGAAGACUCGAGCCCGCGACAUCAGCCCAGGGAAAAACAUUCCUGGUCGAAGCUACAAUAUACGGUACGCCCCUGGGCCGUAUGGACAGCCGCGCGAAUCCACAGAGUUUCUUGGUCGUCGUAACAGCUACAUCCGAUUCCCUAACAGGGGCAGAUUAGACACUAAAAAAUCCAUUAGUCUUCUAGCGUGGGUCUUACCCCUUGGACCUGGACCUAUCUUUGAGUUCUUCCGUGGGGUAAAAUUCUGGGUUGUCCGGUCGGAUACACUGUAUGUUCGUUUUAUCCGUAGGAAUACGCAGCGCACUCGGGCGUUGAUAAAACGACGUCUUCGCCCACGACGCUGGAAUUACGUGGGUGCAACGUACAAUCAGCGGACUGGGAUAGCUACACUUUGGCUAAAUUCACGACCGAUUUUAUCGCAGAAUAUCAAACGUAUCAGGCUUGCUACCAAAGGCUCUGCUUACAUGGGUACAAACUUCCGUGGAAGAAUUGCUUGUAUGCAGGUUUAUUCCGUGGCUAUGACAGGGCCUCAGAUAAAGAAGGUCAAGAAUCUUUGUAAUCAACCAGGUAAUUCACAUGAUUACAAUAAUAAGCUUUCUGCUCGUAUAUCUCGUUACUGAUAUUUACUCAUACUUUAACGUCACUCCUUUUGAUAUCCGAUGACAGCUUAAGCUGAAGUUACUACUCUCCUAGGCCAAUUAUCACUGGGUUUGUCUUGAAGAUGAUAGGCAUGGAGACACUGUCGUAUGCUAUUGAAUUGUAUUGAAAUAUAAUUGUUUGGUGAUGGUAUGGUAGGGCUUUAAUGAUACUGACAAGGCUUUUCCCAUCUCCCUUUUGGUAUUUCCUAGCUUGUAGCAGAGACAUACAUUUAUCAAAAUUAUGCCCCUGCAACAAUACCCUGUAAAGCAUUAUCUUGUCUUCUUUUUUUGUUUUUCCCUUAGGUCCAAUUACACCAUUGAAACCUUCCACAAGUAAGCAUUAUGCUGUGCUCUGUUAUUAAGCCCCUAAUUAGUGAAAAACAUAAGCAAUCUAAAAGGGUAUUCUUAAAGAGAGUCAUCAUUGACUGCUUGGUUCAUAAGUCCGAGGCUGAUAACACUAACCUAAACAGAGAGCCAAUGAGAAGAUAGGUAGCGAGUGCAAUGUCAAUAAUUCAGGGAAUAUGUCAAACGCGUUUUCCUUCCGUGAUCCAAGAAGCGGUAAGAACAAACGAGGCACAGUCCCGGUUUUUUUUUAGAGGGACUUCUCAAUACCUGGGAAUGGGAUGAAUCACUGCCAACUCUGAUGUAGGUUCUCAAAUGAUGAAUUAUAACUUUUGAAGAAAUCCUAAAAUGCAGUUCGAAAAAAAAUAUGGUAAUGAGUAUCCGACUUUCAAAUCUUGUUCAGAGUAGUGAUUUCCUUUGUUUGCUCUGUAUGAAUUAAUGACUAUUUUCGUUACUGUAGGAUUACCACCCGCUAUGGCCUUCUAUCCUUUAAAUGUUCGUUACCACACUCGUGACGUCAGCAGGAGUAAAAACCCACCGGGGCGCAUGGCAAAUGUGCGGCCAGGCUUGGGUCCAGACGGAAGGCCUGGAGGCUCAUUGAGGUUCAAAGGUCGAUCAGACAGCUAUAUAGAAUUUCCCAACAAAGGCCGACUGGAUGCCCGUAACUCUAUAUCAAUCCUAGCUUGGAUAAAUCCAGAUGGACCCGUUGGUCCUAUUUUCAAUUACAAGCCUGUUGGUUUUGGCGUUCACGUAUGGAUGGUCCGUCGACGCGUAUUGCUUGUCCGUUUCGUGACACGAACACGGAGGUUUACAGCACCAAUAACAACAAACCUUAUUAAACCAAAGGCCUGGAAUUUCAUAACAGCUACCUAUGAUCAGCGUUCGGGCUUUGCCCGAUUGUAUAUUGAUUACCGAGAGGUUGCUCGGAAAAGGAUCGGCCGGUUCCGACUAGCAACAAACUACCCUGUUCGAAUGGGAGCCCGGAUCGGUGAUAAGCGUUAUUUCCGCGGACGAAUCACCUGCGUGCAAAUAUACGACGUUCCACUUCAACCGACACAGAUUCAAGCUGCGAAAAGACUUUGUCUCCAGACAAGUAAGCGACAAUUAAUUUUUCUCUCUGUGUAGCCUAAAGUCAGUCUAACCGAUAUACCAAACGAAAGUGUAACCGAUCUACCAAAUGAAAGUAAACGUUGAUAAACGACGAGAUAACCAAAAAAAACUAUUCAUACCGUGAAGAUAAACAAUUUAUGACCACUGAGUAGUGUAAAAGAUAGUAAGCUGUAAAACUAGUCGGUUACAUAUUGAGAGACCUAAUAUACAUACUGACCGUAUAAUUUAGGUGACUGCCUGUUAAGCUAAUCCACGUUUUUGAAAGAACUUCCUUUCUUUUGUGCCGUAAUUAAAAAUUUCCCGUUACCAGUUUACUUAGAUGAGGCAGCGUGGCCGAGUUGUUAGAGCGCUGGACUUGUAAUCCGGAAGCCCAGAGUUCAAGUCCCGCCCUGACCGCUUGCUGGAUUUGUUCACGGUAGUCCCGAGUUCAAAUACUCGACCACACUUGUUAAAAAGCCGACUGGUUUGCCUUCGGCCUGGUGGGAUUCUUAACCUUGUUAUUUUUAUUCACCAUUUCCACAUAGACCAAAAUGCACCUUGUUUACCCCCAAAAUUUUGCAUAACUAUUGUCUUCGAUUUCUCUUGGGACGACUGUAAUACCCAGAAGAAAUUGGGAACAAUGGUUUCUGCAAAAUUUUGGGGUGUAAAACGAGGUGCAUUAUAGUCUAUGUGGAAAUGGUGAAUUUGAUUUAUUUGCCUCUGUCGUUUUCUCGGCCUCAUUAGCGUUUGCGAUAAAUAAAAUACCGUUGCCCAGGGUAAGUAGAGGAAAUGUUAUUGAUAUCGUUUGAAUAUGAACACUGUCACUUUCUUUCUUUCUCUUUAACAGAGGUUAUAACUACACCUACAACACGUCCCACCCCAACCAAGCCAACGCCACCAAGACGUAAGUCACUAGAUGCAUUCCCAAUAUUUUUCUAUAAAACGUCUUAUUUUUGCUCUUAAUUUAGGAGGGACUUUAACUUCAUAUCUCUUUAAACUUUUAACAAGUUAAAUGUUUUUUUUUUAAUAAUAUUAAGGAACUUAAGCAAAGGCGUUCUUGAGCGGCACGCAUGCCAACCGAAGUGAGGCCUGUUCUCUUUCAAUAGAGAGGAGAAGUGUGACGUCACCUUACUAUGGUAGCAAAAUUUCUGGACCACAACAAUGGGGAGCUUUUGCAACAGCAAAAAAGCAAUAGGUUUAAAUUGGAAAGAGAACAACUUUGCACAUGCAUCACGCUUUUUUGUACAUUUCUUAGCCGUUGUUGCACGAAUGCGACAUGAAACUUCCUAAUUUCACUCGCCCGCUUUAUCGAGUAGGUGAGCACAACACAAAAAAUUUUCUUUCUUUUUCUAAACCAAGAUACGGUCCUUCCGGAUUCAACCCAGAACAUUUCGCCAACAUUUGACAAAUUGAAUGAAAUUGAAUAAGAUCGAUGGAGUUAGAAACGACGUUUUAAGCGACGUUUUGAUUUGUUAUCAUCUGGAAAUUUUGCUUCUAUGGCAACGUGACGUAACGACUUCUCCUCUCUGUAUAUACCUCGACGCUAACAAAUUUGGUUUGUUAAGUUUCUUUACUCUUUUAGAGACGAUUUGCCAGAAGGUUCGGGCAAAACCACUGCUCAAGAAUGCAAAAAGUCCACUUCCGGUUGACGAGUGUCGCUCAAAAUCGCCUUUGCUUAAGCCUCCUAUUAUGUAUACAGGACGUGCAUUCCAGCUAAUGUUCAGUGAACAUUUACUGCAUUCUUACAGUUAUCUCUUCAUAUUACUCAAGUCGAAACUGACGGAAAAGAAUGUUCUUAACUGACCUUCAGCCUGUGCUUAGGGUGUUUUCAUGUUCUUUUGUUUGUUUGUUUUUCUUUUUUCAUUCUCAGGCUUCUUAGUUGAGUUGACUGGAAAACUUCGGUUCUUUUCCUUAAAUGUGACACGUGACCAAGAAUUAUUCGAGAUUAUAUGAUUUUGCCGUGUUGUGUUUCUUUUCAGCAUGCCAAGCGAACUUGGAUCUCGGUUUCCUGAUUGACAAUUCCUAUAAUAUUAGACGAACUGGACGAAGUACAUUCAAAUUCCUGAUACGUUACAUCGCCAGGCUUCUGUAUUCUCUACGCAUCUCCCGGCAAAACACUCGCGUAGGAAUGUUAGCAUAUGCCUCAAGACCCAGGGUUUUGUUCAGGUUCAACCGGUUUUUUAAGGUUUCUAGAAUACUGUCAGUGCUACGAAGAAUCCGACUCCGAAGAGGAUCUCUGAGGAUUGGACGAGCACUGUACUCUGCUCGUAGGUACCUUUUUAGACGGAAGCGCCAGUGUGGACGCAAGCGCGUUCUCGUGGUGUUUGCAAGUGCGCGUUCAAGAGAUCGUGUGCAGAGAGCCGCACGUUCUUUGAGGAGAUACCGAGUUGAAAUAUUCGUGGUUGGUAUCGGCACACAAGUUAAGAAGACGGAAUUAAUAAAAAUUGCUUCCGACGGAAGGCACGUGUUUACAGCAUCCCUCAGCACAUUGCCUGCCGUGUUAAAUACCAUAAGAAUGAGAGCAUGUUCAGGUAUGUUUUAAUUCUUUGUAUAGUGUUGCAUUUUAGUUGAGUACGGUUUUUGGUGACAAAUAAUUUGCUCUUUAAGAAUUACUUGCCAGCUUUGGGACAAAACCUUAAGUUGUACUUUGGCGUAACAAACUGGUCUUGUUUUUACGAUUGCGGCUUUUGUAGUAAGUCCGUAGUGUACUAAGUAAACACUCCGACGAUAUAGUGACCUUCAAUUUUGGUCGGCAUAUUUCCCAACAGAUACCGCCGCAAAUCACCAUAGGGCUUUCCGUCACCAUUUUCAACCAUUUCACAAGCGAUUUCUCCAUAAAAUCCGAGCGUAACAUCGUUUUGUUUGAUAUAACAACCAACUGGUCAGUUAGCAGGUUUCAAAAUCUCAAUCAGUACGCCGUUUAUAGCGCUAAUCAUUAAAAUAUAGUUUAAACAAAGGUACCCGUAAUCACAUGCACUCCUGGCUUGCGUAUUUUCAACUUCUCCUCUGUUUUCCGUUUCUUACAGUUACUGGAUCAGCUGCUGCAAGAGCUAUAUUCCCUCUCAGCGGCUUAACACGAGGACGAGACAUCAGCAUCAACCGCAAUGCUGCUGCCAGACUUGUAAAUGUCAAGCCAGCUCCGGGUCCUGAUGGUCUUCCUCUUGGCUCUUUUCAUCUGCAGGGCAUAGCAAAUAGCUACAUUUACUUCCCAAACACAGGUUGCCUCGAUACCAAAAAUUCUCUUACCAUAGUUUUAUGGGUUUAUCCGGAAGGAAGAGGACCUAUAUUUCAUUACUUUCCCAAGGGCUGGGGAGUGCAGUUGUGGUUGAAGAACACGCGCACACUUCUAGUAAAGUUCGUGCCCAGGUCUUUGCAAACCAUCAGUGUUGUCACCAGCCGAAAAAUAAGACCAAGAGCUUGGAACUACAUAGCUGCGACUUAUGACCACGUCACAGGCUUGGCCACGUUGUGGAAUGACGCUAUACCUAUUUCCCAAAGAAAUAUUGGAAAAAUACAGUUAGCCACAAAUUAUCCGGCGAUAUCAGGGAAGAAACUUAGGGAUAGAAGGAUAUUCCGCGGUCGGAUGGCGUGCCUGCAGAUCUACGAUCGUGCGCUGAAUGGAAGGCAACUCAGAUCCAUCAAAAAGAAAUGUUUUAGAGGUUUGUGGAGGUCAUUGCAGUUGUUUGUUACUUUUAUAAAGGUUAUCUUAAGCUUGACGAUUUGUCAACACCACUGAAAGGCAACCACGAAAACAUCGCACUCAAUAAUCUUUAUCGGUGGAAAGAACUUCAAAUGUACGAAACGUUGUUAGUCCAACUUGCUCAAAUUUCUCCAAAAAGAAAUUAAUUACUUCCUAUGUUGAUCAUUUUAAGCCAAACAUCAAGAAGGUAGAAAAUAUAUUGGAUUCCCACGCGGCAAUCAUGUAAAGCAGCUGUAAUUAAUUUUAGUUUUUAACUUAAGCUUAACUGAUGAUUUUCCGUGUAUAAAUGAAGAUUUACAUACCUACAUACAUACAAUUAAUUUCUAUUUGGAGGUAGCACAUACGUAGUGAUUCUUCGUCUACCAGUCCUGGUCGAAUUGGAAUUUGGAAAUGUAGGUUUUUUAGAAUAGGGGGAAACCGGAAUACCUGGAGAAAGACCUCUCGGUGCAAAGGAGAGAACCAACAACAAACUCAACCCACAUAUGGCUCAAUCUCGUACACUUACCCAGUCCUCUAGCUUUUUGGUCAGAGGGCAACGCCAGCGAGGACUACGCACAAUAAGAAUGAUCGUGAACAAGUUAUGAUUUUCCGUGUUGUGUGAAUGGUAACUAACCUGUACAAAUUAACUUUAUUAUUUUCGUUUUCUUUUUUUAGCGCGACCGCUACCAACUCGUCCACCGCCAGGUCAGAUUCUCCUUUUACACGUAUUUUAUUUUUUUAAGAGUAGUUGUCUCCAAUUUUGGUUUUACGUUAAGAAUUUGUCAUUCUUUUCUGCAAUCGAGGGUCGACUUUCCAAGCAUAAUUAAAUCUGUAGGUAUAAAUAGCCCGAUUUUCUCACUGCUUGUUGAAUUCUUCCACACAACGGGAUUUAAUGUUUUCAUUGUUCUCUUUAUUUUUACCAGUUCUUCCGCUUGUGGUAGCCAUUUAUCCGCUCGACAAAAUAAAUGGCGGACGCGACAUCAGUAGUCGUAAGUGUCCAACUGGACGCCGAGUCGGUGUAAAAUUUGGUCCAGGCCCAGACGGUAGAAAAGAUGGGUCUACUCAGUUCUAUGGCAAUCCUAAGAGCUACAUAGAAAUCCCAAAUAACGGAAAACUAGACACUGUAGCCUCCAUCUCCAUUCUCACAUGGGUGUAUCACGAGGGUAUCAAAGGUCCUAUCGUUAACUACAGACCAGGACCGGGCUGGGGCGUGCAUGUGUGGAUGAUAGGACCACGUACACUAUUUGCCAGGUUCGUCCGCAGGGACGGUGUAUUCACUAAGGCUGUGUUCAUUACGAGCAGGAAGAUACGUUACAGAGCUUGGAACUACAUCGGUGCGACUUACGACUACAAGACUGGCGUGGCCAAACUUUGGGUGAACUCUAGGCUACUAGUAGCACAGAGCGUUGGCCGCUUCAGAUUGGCUACAAAUUAUCCAAUCAGAAUUGGAGCCCGUCGUGGCGAUAAGCGCUACUUCAAAGGAAAAGUCUUUUGUGUGCAGAUUUAUAGCCGUGCCCUGAACCGGAAACAGAUCUUAGCGGCUAGUUCAACCUGCUUCAAACGUCGUAAGUAAUUUGAAUUUGUGUUCAGGAUAGACCUGUAGUAGAAUAGACAAAAUGAAAAAAAAAGCACAAAAAAAUAUAAAGCAGGUGCUAUUGACACUUUAUGUUCUUAUCAGUCGCUCGAAAAGUCGCAAAGUGUGAGGUACAUGUUUUCUAUACAUUUUUUGAAGAAAGUAAAGUUUAGUUAAAAUUUCUCACCUAAGCAAUAUGGCACCGAAUAGUGAUAUUUCUAUCAUGCAUCAAUCAGUAAUUGUCGAAAUCAAAUCCGUUCUGAGGUUAAACCAUUAUCCUGCCUACUAUAAAGAUAGGUUUUUUCCAGAGUUCUUUUCCUGGUAACCUUUGAAGGCUAAAAAAACGUUUUUAACCGGGGAACAGAUUUUACCCUCAACACAGCUUUCCGACCUUAAUUCCAUCUAUACCUGCCCAAUUUCUUAAAUUGCUAGUUACUCAGCUUAAUAUUUAAUAUGCCUUCUUUACAGUGCCUCCAUUCACCAAACCAAGCUCCAAACCAAGAACAACACCGACCACACCUCGUCCCACCAGACCUCGCAAAGGUGAAAUAUAAAUCAGUUAUGAAACCCAGUAAUUCAUGCAAGAGUUAUUUAAUGUGUUUGUGUUGGAAAGCAGUUGAGGUAAGGGAAGUGUUGUGUUUUCAAAAGGGCUUGGUUAAGCCCAGCCCGACUUUUGUCAAAGUAAGAACUAAUUAACCGAAAAUCAAAGUGACGGUAGUGAAUAUGGACCGCACCUUUCCAUUCCCUAGUGAGUACACAUCUUGCGAACUGAUUGCCUAUUUAACACUUCUAUUGAUUUAGAUUUGUAUAUGGAAUAGCAUGAUUUGUAGUGAUAUUUGGCAUAAAUACCACGAGUAAUAUUUCAAAAUUGUCAUACGUCAUUUCACGAGUUGUUAGGCGAGUGAAAUUUGAGACAAUUUUGAAAUAUCACGAGUGGUAUUUACGCCAAAUAUCACCUACAAAUCAUGCUAUUAAUUGUUUACACUACUACACGUAGGAGGUUUGUAAUUUUCACAUGUAGGUAUUUCAAAUUAAGCUGAAAUACCACUGCUCUAAGCCAAUCAAAUUGUAGAAAUUUCUAAUUUAGUAGUAUAAAAAUAUAAAAAACAUCGACCUUCUUAUUUCAUAAAUGAAUUUGUUUGCAGGACCCCUCAGAGCCUCUGCAUUUUAUCCUCUGACUUCUAAAACAAGGGGCCGGGAUAUGAGCAUGUUCGGAAACCCUCCAGGAAAACUUGGCUACGUUCGGUCAGCACCUGGUCCUGACAAGUUACCUGGUGGCUCGUACCAGUUCUAUGGACGCCCAGACAGCUACAUCGAGUUUCCCAACCGUGGAAAACUUGAUACAAGAACAUCGAUCACAAUUAUUGCUUGGAUCUAUCAUGAAGGACGCGCGGGACCUAUCUUCAAUUACAUGCCGAACGGCUGGGGCGUUCAUCUUUGGAUGGUGACUCCAAAUACGUUGUUCGCGCGCUUCACACGCCGUCAAGGGAGAACCUUCACGGCGCCGCUUUCUAGUCGUAGGAUAACACCGCGCAAGUGGCAGUACGUCGCCGCCACAUAUGAUUACUUAACGGGUUAUGCCAAAUUGUACCUUGACAGUAGAGUAAUAGCGCAAAAGAAGCUUGGAAGGAUACGGCUUGCGACAAACUAUCCCGUGAGGAUGGGGGUCAGGAAAGGAGAUCGGCGGUACUUUCGGGGGCGAAUUUCUUGCGUAAUAGUUUUUGACGUGGCGUUGAAUCCUAAUCAGAUUGCACGCAGAAAGAAGAGGUGCUUUAGACGUAAGUUUGCUGUCUAUAAGUUUAUCGGUAACACCACUUUAUUUCUUUUCGAUGGAAAAUCUUUUGUUUAAAAUAUUCAGCGAAAGAACCCGAAAGAUUACCUCUAAAGGCAAUUCAAAGAUAGAGAUAUUUGCCUCUCUGUGUCUUCUCUGGGGUCCUUUUUUCUCACUUUUUACUGCUGGCUUUGCUUUUUUUGUAGCUGUUUUUUUUUUUUUGUAGCUGUAGCUCUUUGGGUGCUUCUGGACUGAAGCUCUGUGUUCUUGACUUGCAUCCUUUUAACGCCACUGUACCGUAUUUAUCCUAGGUGGACCACCCGGACCAAGCGGAAAAGGUUAGACCAUUUUAUGUUCAAAACGUUUGCAGUGGUUGAGCCACCAUUAUCGUGAAGAACUAAAUAAGUGUAUAUGAUUUUUUUAAUGUUAUUAACAAGACCCCCAUAAGUGGGGUUCAUUGGGCUGUCGACUGCGCGUUCUUAAGCUGGGGCUCUAUAGUAAAUUUAAAAAUAGGCAAGUUAGCCUCUUGAAGCAAAAGGCGAUUGGCAUUAUUUUUAACAGGGACAUUUCCACAAUGCACACCCUAGCCUUCCCUUAUCCCUCAGCCCCCAAAUAUAUAGCAUCACAGUAUAACGUAACGUAUUUGAUCUAACCGGAAAUUCCAAAAAUUAUUGUGUCGUUCUUCUGACAAAUCGGUUCUUUUUUGUUUUGUCUUGUUUUGUUUUUUUCCUUUUUUUGUUUUGUUUUGUUUUGUUUUUUCUUUUUUUCUGGUGAAGUCGAUACAUUUUUGUUCGCACGGACUGUAAAAAAAUAAAUAAUGCCUCACUUUACAGUUGCCUGCUGCCGGAAUAUCCAGGCCUUGUUGGGAGCAAGGCUGUUUUGAUAAAAAUUUCACCUCAUCUUUAAAUGUACAUUAUGCUCUUGUGACAAAAAAUGACGCUGAGGUUUAUUUUAUGACAACAAAAUCAGUGCCAGCCUCACCAUACCCAAAUGGUAGGUUCCUUAGCACACAACUGAAAAUUAUUCUGUGGAGGUGAAAAAAUUGGAUGGCGCAUAAAUAGCCACCAAUGCAGACGAUAAAUGUUACAGUAAUGAAAAUCAUGGCAGUUGAAAUGACAACUUAUGCAGUUUCGAAAAGAAAGCCUCAACUGCAUAAGUUACGUUUUCAACUGCGACGAACUUCUUUACAUUAUUUUAUUUCUUAAUCCUGCAGUUCAAAUAUAUGAAAUUCAUAAAAUUAAUUAUUUCAAUACAGAAAUGGUUUAUAAAAAGUGCCUCAAUGUUUUAUUUGUUAAGCAUUACGGUUUUUUUUUUCUUUUUUUUUUGUACAGUUUGCAAACCCAAGAUCGACCUGACUUUCGUAGUGGACGCCUGCAGCGAAAACGUGCGUUUCACAAAAGCAAACUUCCUUCGAGUUAAGAACUUCCUAGUGCGUUUAGUUGGCGAGUUCCGCCUAUCGAUCAGAAGCGUUCGAACAAGCCUAAUACUGUACGCACAGGCGCCCAAACUUGUCAUCAGGUUCAGCUCGAAAAAGUCCUAUGUCAUCAGGCUGAUAAGGGCCAUGAAGCUUGUGUGUGGUGCACGAUAUACCGGAGCUGCCCUACAGUACUCUUACACGAACAUCGUACGGCGGAGCUCCAGAAAAAGGGUCCUUGUUUUGUUAACAACGGGAGGCUCUAAAGACGACGUUCGUGGAGCAGCUGCUCUGCUACAACGCUCACGAACAGAGACAUUUUGUGUGGGAAUAGGAAGACGUUACAGCCUGAGCGAGUUGCAAUAUAUCGCCUCCGACAGAAGACAUGUUUAUACAGCGGCCUUCAGAAAUUUAGGUUCUCUUGUCAGCCUAAUCAAAAGGAAGAUCUGCAAAUCAGGUUUGCCAGAGCUUUUCCAUUAUCCGGUCAGUGAUCAGCCCUUUUAACAGGGGCACCCAACGGCAAUUUUCGGGAAAAUAUCUGUUCGGAAGACGAUUUGAGAACUAGAAUUUUUGGGACAUUUGUUGUAAAAUUUCUUGCUUGCCUGCCUCUCCUAGGAUUUUCCAACAUCUACAAAAUGGUAUAAUUACCCAUUUUAAACGGAUAUUUACCCCAAAAAAGGCCACCUAGAAUUUUCGGGAGCCUUUUCCUGGCUGAAAUUUUCGAAAAGGUAAGUUUUGAUCCCUAUAAUUUUCGGAUCACUAGACUUUCAGCUAGGAAAUCCGAACAGAUGAAAAGUUUUUAGGGGAUAAAAAUAUGCCUAUAUCUACCGUUUAAAUACUAAAAUACGUUCAACAAUGCUAUGUUAAGUGGUUUUGAACUAUAUCCUCGUUGGGUGCCCCUGUUUUAACUUGUCGUAGAGGGUUUUUUUAAUUUUUAAAGAAGUCUAGUUGUACUAAAAGUACCUCAGUCAUCCUGUGUUGCUAGAAACACAUUUAUUAGUAUCGGUGCACAAUGCUCAAGGAGAGAUUACAAGAAAGCAAAGCAGGGAACGUUAACGUAGAGAAUUGUUUUAACAUGACGAAGUUGGUUUUUGGCUAGAGUACGCUUUUUCUGACGCGCAUCAAUUCUAACGCCUUUUUCACGUCAAGCCAGCCUCGCAGUAUAGCUUCAUGAACAAUCAACUAAUUAUUUUCAAAGACACGUCUCGUCCCCCACUCUGCGAUUGCCGACACAAACUCGCAUUCUCGAGCAUGCCCUCAAUAACGGGAGUUAAUUUUGUUCAUUAUUUUCCUUUAUCGUCUUAAAUAUGUUGUUUAAUUAUGUUAUUUUAUAGAUACGUUCGUACCGCCGACUAAACCGACCCAACGACCUAUGCGACCAAUUCCUCCCCGACCACCCAGACCUACUGUACGACCUGCUAAUCGUAAGUAUUAAUGUUAGUUUACUGAAUUUUUCCUUUCUGGCGUGCAUUACCGCGACCAUUGCGAAUAAAAUUGGGUUUUUUGAAGGUUUGUUGAUCUUCAGUUUUCUUGAGCCUGUGACUUGAGCGCAUUUUUAUUUUCGUUGCUGAAACCAUCCGAGGAAACGUACGUUACUCCAUUGCUGUUGUUAUAGUUCUUGGAAACUCCUUUUUUCCAUCGAUUCUCAUUAAAACACCCAAAUGAUAAGAAAAUAAUUUUGAGCAUUUUGAGAGGAGUCCCUCCGCACAUUGUUUUAUUUUUAAAUUACAAAUUCUCUCUCUUUUUUUGGAAAUAUUGUAGCACCUGUGCGGGCUCUGGCUAUUUAUCCUUUGAUGAGAGUAACCAGGGCAAAAGACAUCAGUCUUAACAGCAACCCCGCAGGAAUUAUGGGAAAAGUGGGAACCAACACCGGACCCGAUGGUCGACCGGACACCUCUCACGAAUUUUUUGGUCGCAAGAACAGCUACAUCAUAUUCCCUAAUAAAGGGCGUUUGGAUGCAAUGAGAGCAAUUACGUUACUCGCAUGGGUGUUUACAAAGGGAGAAGGACCCAUCUUUAGUUACGGAGUUGACUUCUCAGUUUGUCGUCAAAGCAGUAUAUGUAUGGAGAUUUUUCAACGUGGCUCCCAAAGCGGUGCAGUUGAUCGACUGCGAGCACCAAGCGUAAUCAAUUAUCGAAGAUGGCAGUUUGUUGGCGUCACAUAUGAGCAGCGAACGGGUGAAGCGAAAAUCUUUGUUGACAGAAAGUUUGUUGCUCGUAAACAGCUGAAAAAAGUUCUCCUUCGUACCAAUGCACGUCAGGCGUCUAUGGGAGCUGUUGGUCAGCGGUAUUUCCGGGGCAGAAUCUCUUGCAUGCAAGUGUAUGGACAUGCUCUAACAUUGUUACAGAUUAUUAGGCGAAAAGCAAGGUGCUUUAAAGGUAAACAAUGACUGAUUUGUUAGUCCCCUUAGGAUCAAUGUUCUGGCCAGUUGGAUAACCAACAACUGGUAGCCGGUGUUCAGUAUACUCUAUUCGUUCUGAACCUUUUGACAUAUUAUAAUACUUUACUGAAAUUGAGAAUCCAACUGGAAGGAAACAAAUGCGAAGUGUACCAUCUGCUGUUUCGCGAGGCAUGGGAGUGUUGUUGUUUUUCACUACAAACGUCAUCCUUGCAACUGAAUCUUUAUUCGGUGAUAAACAGACUUCAUCAACUGAGUUAAUGGAACUUGAAUUUUGUAUUUUACUCCCCACCGACAUCAACACCACAUUUUUGUUUGUUCUUUUUGUAAUUAACCCCACCCUCAUUCCUUUCAUAACACCAACCGGUACUUUUUACUUUCUUACUUACGCUGUCUCACAGCUUCCUUGCAAACAAACCAGUUUAUACUACAUACUCAAGUCAGUGGUGUGACUUUGUCUUUACAUUUUAGGAGUAUAUCCACUUCCUGCUCCUGUUCAACCCACGCGUCCAAUGCGUCCCCGUCCAACUUCUACCUCAAAACCUGGUACGUAUUUGAUAAUUAUUCGCCGUCGUAAUAAUCUUAUGCAGUGCUAGUUUUUAGUCUCCGGGGUUUUGUCUUCAACGCGAGACCAAGUUUGCUGUCCUCAUUUUCUUUAGCUCUUGGACCAGUGCAGACACAUACUUUCCCUUUCACAUCUGUAGAAAUGAAAAAUUUCAUAGCGGGUACAACGCCACCUUUUGCUUUGAAGUUUUGUGAGACUUAAAGGCCACUUCACUCACUUCUCAAAACUGAAACCACUUGAUUAUUGAACAUUUUAACGUCAUUUCUACGGUCUAUUAGAGAAUAGAUCAUGGGAAAUUGUUGUGUAUUGGUUAAGAAGACCAUAAAUAUGAUCUAAAAGUAAGUGUUAUCUGGAUUUUUUCAAGGGAGAUUGUCUUAGGAGUUUGUAAUUCUGUAUUAUUUUAGACAUACAAAUAUCAAUUGUGGAAUGAAAUGAGCUCUUUUUCGCUUGAUAGCAUUCUUGUGAAAUAGCUCGCCACCAACAGAUGGUUCCUCAUUAUUUUUUGUUUAGUUCAUCCCCGAGCACAAGCUAUUUAUCCUCUCUCUCAGCGGACUCGUACCCGUGACGUAGGCUUGUAUAGUAAUCCUCCGGGAACUGCUCGCAACAUCCGAUACGCGCCAGGUCCUGACAGGAGACAAAACACUGCAACACAAUUCCUUGGAAGAUCAAGCAGCUACAUUGAGUUUCCCAAUAAGGGAAGACUAGAUACUAAACGUUCCAUUUCCCUCUUGGCAUGGAUAUAUCAUGAGGGACGUGCGGGUCCCAUCUUCAAUUAUAUGCCCAAUGGCUGGGGCGUUCACUUCUGGAUGACGUCUCCUAGAACGCUGUUUGUACGUUUCACGCGCCGACGCGGACGGCGUUUCACUGCAGCAGUGUUCAGCAGGAGAAUUCUGCGUCGCCAGUGGCAGUACGUGGGAGCAACCUAUGACUUUAGGAAGAAAACUGCUAAGCUCUUUAUAAGCAGGCGGUUUGUCGCACGUAAACGUAUCGGGCGUAUACGAUUGGCCACAAAUUAUCCUGUUAGGAUGGGAGUCCGGAUAGGUGAUAGACGUUACUUCAAAGGACGUAUCUCUUGUAUGCAAGUUUACGAUCAGGCGCUGACGACAUCGCAGAUUUUGCGGCGAAAGAGGAGGUGCUUUACUCGAGGUAACAGUUUGAUGCAGAUGACCUUUUUAAGCCUUAUUUGCACUUUAUGCUUCAUUAAGAUAUCCACUUCAUUCUGUGGUGGAACCAUAAAAAUACGAACUCCAGACUUUGCCAUAGUAUAGCACAGCACCUGUUCCCUGUUUUUCUUUGGUCACUUCAAUUUGACGAAAACGCAUCGCAUCAAGAGAAGGUCUGGGACGAAAAUCGCGGAGUGUAUCAUGAACUGCGGCUUUGUCCUUCCUGACACUUCCUGGACAAGCCUAGUANCGUCCAACUUCUACCUCAAAACCUGGUACGUAUUUGAUAAUUAUUCGCCGUCGUAAUAAUCUUAUGCAGUGCUAGUUUUUAGUCUCCGGGGUUUUGUCUUCAACGCGAGACCAAGUUUGCUGUCCUCAUUUUCUUUAGCUCUUGGACCAGUGCAGACACAUACUUUCCCUUUCACAUCUGUAGAAAUGAAAAAUUUCAUAGCGGGUACAACGCCACCUUUUGCUUUGAAGUUUUGUGAGACUUAAAGGCCACUUCACUCACUUCUCAAAACUGAAACCACUUGAUUAUUGAACAUUUUAACGUCAUUUCUACGGUCUAUUAGAGAAUAGAUCAUGGGAAAUUGUUGUGUAUUGGUUAAGAAGACCAUAAAUAUGAUCUAAAAGUAAGUGUUAUCUGGAUUUUUUCAAGGGAGAUUGUCUUAGGAGUUUGUAAUUCUGUAUUAUUUUAGACAUACAAAUAUCAAUUGUGGAAUGAAAUGAGCUCUUUUUCGCUUGAUAGCAUUCUUGUGAAAUAGCUCGCCACCAACAGAUGGUUCCUCAUUAUUUUUUGUUUAGUUCAUCCCCGAGCACAAGCUAUUUAUCCUCUCUCUCAGCGGACUCGUACCCGUGACGUAGGCUUGUAUAGUAAUCCUCCGGGAACUGCUCGCAACAUCCGAUACGCGCCAGGUCCUGACAGGAGACAAAACACUGCAACACAAUUCCUUGGAAGAUCAAGCAGCUACAUUGAGUUUCCCAAUAAGGGAAGACUAGAUACUAAACGUUCCAUUUCCCUCUUGGCAUGGAUAUAUCAUGAGGGACGUGCGGGUCCCAUCUUCAAUUAUAUGCCCAAUGGCUGGGGCGUUCACUUCUGGAUGACGUCUCCUAGAACGCUGUUUGUACGUUUCACGCGCCGACGCAGACGGCGUUUCACUGCAGCAGUGUUCAGCAGGAGAAUUCUGCGUCGCCAGUGGCAGUACGUGGGAGCAACCUAUGACUUUAGGAAGAAAACUGCUAAGCUCUUUAUAAGCAGGCGGUUUGUCGCACGUAAACGUAUCGGGCGUAUACGAUUGGCCACAAAUUAUCCUGUUAGGAUGGGAGUCCGGAUAGGUGAUAGACGUUACUUCAGAGGACGUAUCUCUUGUAUGCAAGUUUACGAUCAGGCGCUGACGACAUCGCAGAUUUUGCGGCGAAAGAGGAGGUGCUUUACUCGAGGUAACAGUUUGAUGCAGAUGACCUUUUUAAGCCUUAUUUGCACUUUAUGCUUCAUUGAGAUAUCCACUUCAUUCUGUGGUGGAACCAUAAAAAUACGAACUCCAGACUUUGCCAUAGUAUAGCACAGCACCUGUUCCCUGUUUUUCUUUGGUCACUUCAAUUUGACGAAAACGCAUCGCAUCAAGAGAAGGUCUGGGACGAAAAUCGCGGAGUGUAUCAUGAACUGCGGCUUUGUCCUUCCUGACACUUCCUGGACAAGCCUAGUAACUUCCUCUGACUUUAUCUUUAUGGGAAAAAAAAGUAGGAACUAAUAACGCGUUUCACACGGUACAUUUAGUUAUUAGAACGUAGCGCGAGUACUUGCCCUAUAUAAGUGCAAUUGAGUAGCUAUGAAAAAAUAUGUAUUUACGCACGCACUUGCGUAAAUAAGAUGACGUGUUCAGUUUUGUCUAUGAGACUCGCAUUUUAGUCUCUUUUUCUCAACUAAGUUUCCAAUAAUCGAAGACAAUGAUGAAGGGUUUUCUAAAAGAAAAGAAGGUAUGGUAAAUUUGCGCAUUUGCCUUGCAACAAUUCUGCAGUUAAUAUUAUUAUUUUAAUUGUUGUCUUGUAAAACUGUUUUGCCAGGUCCUGUUAUUGUGCCACCAGUUAUCCGCCCAGCUGGGCCAGGUAAAUAUCAAAUUAUUCUUCUCGUUUGUGUUCUUUUCCGUUGCAAUAGAAACCUCUAUAGUAUAGUUUGGGAGUAAAUAUUGGGGCUUAAAUCGAUUUAACCGUUGAAUAAUUUGUCCUUCACUUUGCAUGUAACGUCUGUCCUUCUAGGCAUAAAGGUACAUCAUUUUUCAUGUCUGAAGGGAGGGAGGUUGUGAAUAUCAGGCGAGUUAUCUACCCCAGGGAGUUGCUGGCUGAAACCAAGGGAUUGGGGAGACGCGAGAAAAGACGUUAUCGUUCUUAACUCACCGCUCCUUAGCCUCGUCCUAAUUGUUCUCGUCCACAUGUUUUCCCACGAGUAUGGAGUGAUAGAGAGUACUUCAGGAGGGAAAUUCCAGAAAGAAACUGGCUGCAGGCACUCGCUUGCAUGCAUACCUAAUGUAGAGGAUCAAAUCACCUGAGAGAUCACGCCAUCUACAUAUGCAAUAAGCUAUUAGUAAAAGCUAAUAGGACCUAUUGCUUUUGCGUAGGUACAAAAGUAAAAAAGAGCUUAACAACAUGUUUUUGUUCUCUUACCCAGUUUGCCAAGCAUGUAUUGACCUUGCGUUUGUAAUUGACGCAUCUGGCAGUAUCGAAGCCUCAGGGCGUGGAAACUUCAAACGUUGUCUCAACUUCGUAAAAAGAUUGGUUGCUUCCUUUAAAAUUUCACCCCGGUACGCGCGCGUCGGGGCAGUCGUGUAUUCCUCCAAAGCGAGAAUGAGGUUUGGUUUCAAAAGAUAUUACAAGAAGAGGCAACUGAUGAAAGCUAUUGACCGAAUUCCCUAUCUUCGGCGUGGCACGAGAACGGGCUACGCCUUGUGGUAUGCGCAGCGGUAUCUUUUCAGAGGUCAGCGAAGGCGUUGUAAGCGUGUAUUGAUUGUGAUGACUGACGGAAGAUCCAGUGACCGAGUGCGUAGCAGAGCAAAAGCACUACAUCGCUCAGGCAUCAACACAUUUGCCAUUGGUAUAGGCAAAAACUACAAUAUGAGACAAUUGAUACAGAUAGCGUCUUCCAAGAGAAAUGUUUAUGUGGCCAGAUUCAGAAACCUUCCAAAUAUUGUACGAGUCAUAAAGUCAAAAGCUUGCAAAGGUAAGUUAUUAAUAUAUUUCAGAUACACUCUAGGCUGUAGUAGUAUAGUAGGCACCGGUCAAGUCUCUUUGCGCAGGAUUUUCCCUCCACCACCACUACCACCACAUUUCUAUUGUUUUCCCUCCACUACCACCACCACCACCGCAUUUCUAUUGUUUUCCAUCCACCGCCACCACCACCACCGCAUUUCUACUGUUUUCUGUCCACCACCACCUCUUUUCUAUUGUUUGUCCUCCUCCACCACCACCACAUUCCAAUUGUUUUCCCUCCACCACCCCCACGACCACAUUUCUAUGUUCGGGAACUGAUUUCAAGUAGAAUAGCCGUUUAACCUUUUCAAAACAAAACCGCAAACAUGCUAAGAAAUGUGGGUAAAUAGCAAUAACUUGGUUAAAAUACUCUUUCAACCUCUCUUUUUAAAUGCCUUUAUUAAAGUCUUAAACCUAAUUUCAGCCGCCAGACCUACUCCUAGACCUACCUCCAGGCCUCCUGUCAGACCUCCGAUCAGACCUCCUGUACGUCCUCCUGUUCGACCACCGGUCAGACCUAAGCCUCGACCUCGUAAGUUUGUUUUAAGGUUACAUUGCAUUUUUGAAUAUGGCUUAAUAUGUUAAAAGGGUAAUCAAAUUUUCAGAACCUGUAUUAAAAGCUGACACUAGUUGCUCCACCAAUAGUUGCAAAGUGUCAGCCGUUAUGUACAGUUUCUUUUUAUUAUGACCGCCAACGGCAACAGUCGCAGAGAAAUCUGCUACUAAUGGACCAGAGAAUGACACGAUUUGCUGACUUGAACUACGUUUAUAUUACUCUGGUAAACAUUUUAAGUGCAUAAAUGUAGCAAAGGUGACUUGCGAGACUGUGUGUUUAUGUGGGCGAAAGAAAAACCCCAAAAAAGCUUCUGUACUGGUACAUUUGUUAAAAAAAAACCUUACCGGGGUUGAUAGUUGGAUUUGUCUAUUUGUUUUCCUCCGUGAAUCAUAUUUUGAUGGAAAAGCAAUGAAAUAUUUUGCAAUAUUGUAAGUUAAUUUUUACCUUGUUACAUACGCUAUUAGCACUCUAAAAUGCUAUUAUUGAAUAUUUCGCAAUAUUGUAAGUUAAUUUGCCAAUGGUGACAUUUGUAAGUAGCACUCUAAAAAGCUAUUAUUGAAUAAGAAAAUUUUCAUGGCUUUUGAGUAAGUAAGUAAUGCUCAGGCAGUAGAGAAAGUGUUAUCCUUCCUUCCUGUUCAGGUCCAGUGCGCGCAUCUGCUGUCUAUCCUCUGACGUCAAAAACACGUGGUCGAGAUGUCAGCCUGUUCGGUAACCCACCAGGAAUCAUCAGGGGUGCUAGACUAGCUCCAGGUCCUGACGGAAAGCCUCUAGGCUCCUAUCAAUUCUUUGGUCGAUCAAGCAGCUACAUCGAAUUUCCCAAGCGAGGGAAGAUAGAUACGAAGCGUUCCAUCACCCUCUUGGCCUGGAUUUACCAUCAGGGACGCGCGGGGCCCAUCUUCAACUACAAGCGCAAUGGUUGGGGCGUGCACUUUUGGAUGAUCUCUCCCAGAAAGCUGUUUGCGCGGUUCACGCGUCGUAAAAGACGCCGUUUCACUAAAGCAGUGUUAAGUAGAAAAGUGGUACCUCAGAGAUGGCAGUUUGUCGGUGCGACGUAUAACGGACGGACAGGACGAGCGAAAUUGUUUGUCAAUAAAAGAUUUACAGCAAGUAAAUAUAUCGGGCGAAUACGACUCGCUACUAACUACCCAGCAAGGAUGGGAGCUCGUAUUGGUGACCGGAGGUAUUUCCGUGGUCGAAUCAGCUGUAUGCAGGUGUACGACAGGGCUCUCACAACAAGCCAAAUACUACGCAGAAAGAGGAGAUGCUUCAGGAAAGGUAUACGUUUCUUUAUAUUAUGACCCAUUUUGGGAAUUUUAGUUAGUUUCCUCUAGUGUUAAAAGCGAAAGCCAGGGAGAUAAAAUGUUAUAUUUUCUCAUUUUCCAACUCUAGAUACAUUUACACUCGAAUGCAUUUACUUAACACAACAAACAACGUCUGCUAUCAGCGGGCUACUAUUUCCUCAUUUGUGUCUAAAAUACUUUUUUAGAUAGCUCUUUCGGACUGACUGUCUUCCUUAUCUACUCGUUUCCUUUUUUAGGGCCAGUUGUCGUUCCUGGAGUUCCCAGUUUACCAAUUCGUCCGGCUGGAAAAGGUACUCAAAAUUUUCACUUUUAUUUCAAUUGAAAGAUAUUCCCCUUGUACUAAUGGGGAGUGGCCAAGCUCUAAAUUGAGGCCAUUCCAAUGAAACAUUCGGCUGUGUGUGUUGGGAUUUUCGCCCUUAAGAGCGAAAGGAUUAACUUGUUAAUAGGCCAUUUUCACUAUGACCACAUUUGACUGCAACUACCAGAAUUCAUCUCGUUUUUGCUUUCUCAUUUAAAUUUGUCAAACAUAACAGCCCUAAUUUCUGUACUUAAGAAAACAACAGCGAACUGAAGGAUUCUGGUAGUCGUAGAAAAAUGACAUCAUCGUGCAAUAGUCUAGUUUCGAAUUAAAAAUUACUGCUGAAUACAAACAUUAACGACACAUUCAUACAGGGUUAGCCUCGACGUAAAGUAAAAUAUUCAGAAAUUCCAGCAAGUAAGUGUUUGAAAUUUGAAUAUACACAAAAGACAGAGUAAUAAAAAGGUAUUUUUCUCGUUGGAAUUUGUGAAUAUAUUACUUCAGAUUGAGGCUAAGGCUGUAAGAAAAUGCUUCUCUUCAGUUCUUUAAUUCAGCGGUCAUAGCGAACUAGAAACUGGACUAUUGUCCUAUUCUAGGCAGUCUCCUUUGAUGUCUCGCUUAGAGAGAGUUCAGUAUACUGUUAUAUGCUCAUUUUCCAGUUCUCUUUAUUAGCGUUGUAUAGGGCUAGUUUUAGUAGUUAAACAGAAUAGUUUUCCUCACCGGUGGUCAGACUUGCCGAAGGCAGAAUAUAGUCAUUACGCUGGGGUACAGUGCAGGGGUAGCACUUAUUAUUUCAAAGUUCCUUUCAUAUUAUCGCAAUUUGCUAAAAGUAAAAAUCAAUCAACAAAAACAGACGUUCAACGUGUCAGGACUGUUGAGGUAUCUAUGUCUUUUCAGUCAUUAUCAUUGACGGAAGUAGUAGCUUGAGAAAUUGGCGACGCUACCAUUGGUUUCUCCGCGAAAUGACAUCUGAGUAACCACUGUAAAAAUUCCAUAUUGAUGACGUGUCACAAUCCAUAUCUGGGUGGUGCUUCUGAUUGGUUGAAGCAAAUUUACCACGCGGCACGACCAAGCUACCCUGAUCUGGAUAGUGACACACCAUCAAAACGGAAUUUCUGCAAUUGUUUCUCAGACGUCAUUUCGCGGGGAAACAAGUGAUGGCGUCGCGAAAUGUCCUUUCUAAAUUUAUCAAAGAUAAUGACUUGGGUUAAAAGCUCUUUACUGUAAGAAAUGGCACACACAAAACUCUGACUUAAAAUUUAUUGAUGUUAAUUUACAGUUUGCAAAGCAAAGGUUGACCUGGCCUUUGUCAUCGACGGUUCUGGGAGUAUUGAAUCCUAUGGGAGAGGAAAUUUCAAGCGCUGCCUUAACUUUGUGAAGCGAAUGGUUGUGUCCUUCAAGAUCUCCAAGAGACUCACGCGUAUAGGCAUUGUUCUAUUCUCAUUUCGCCCUCGCCUUAUAUUUAACUUCAAUACCUACAGCAGAAAACGAGAUAUUCUUCGAGCCAUUAACAACAUCAAAUAUCCAAGCGGAGGCACUAGGACAGGAUUAGCAAUGUCUUAUGCACAGCGGACUCUCUUUAAGAGCAGGAGCAGUAGUAGUAAGUGUGUAAUGAUCGUGAUGACUGAUGGCCGUUCCCAGGACCGAGUGGGCAGACCCGCAUGGGCGCUGAAAAGGCGUGGAAUCAAGAUAUUUGCUAUAGGAAUCGGAAAGCAUUACAACUUGCCGCAGCUACUCAAGAUUGCUUCAUCCAAAAGACAUGUUUAUACGGCAGGAUUUAGAAAUUUGGCCUCAAUUGUAAGAGUUAUCAAGAAAAAGGCUUGCUCAGGUAAAAUGUGCUUUGUCAGUUAAAAAUCAUUCAAUAGACUUUUUUAUUCCGCUUGUCGUGAAAAAGGAAUCAUAAUGGUUAAUCUACUAGUCUGACAAAAUAUCUGUUAUUGCUGCUACUGCUGAAAUUAUUUUGUUGGAGAAAAAUUGACUGACCGAGAUUUGAUCAACCUGACGUCAUGUGAUUAUCAAGCCUAGUAUAAGACAAGAUAUCUCUUGUAUCUCCAGGUGCGGGGAAGCCAAGCAAACCAGCAAAGCCCAACCGUCCAUCACGUAAGUACCAUCAAAUUUGUCUUGCAUCUUUGCUAUCCCGCAACGUGACCGCAUGUGGAGCAUGAGUUUGCGCCCCAGAUAAACUCUCUUUGUUUCACUCAGUGGCGCUAAAAUGAAAAUCCAGCAAAUCGUACAAUCAAAGAUCUCUUUAAUUUAUGAUUCAAGUUAAUUACAAGUUCUGCAUCACAUUUAAUUAUCAUUGAGCGAUAGCUCAUGACCUGUUGAAAUAGCCCUUAUGCAUGAUUAGGAGUAAAACUUCGAAACUUUGCCAAUUUCAAAACGGACGCGAAUUAGGGCUAUAAGAGAUGAAUUAUUGGUUUAGUUCCUAGAGGCUGUGGUGUUGCAUCGGUUGGGAUAAAAUACGAUGAAUUGGUUUUAUCAGUUAAAUUGGUUAGCAGUAGAUUGUGGGCCACCGUAGGAGGGUUGUGAAGCUAACGUUUGGAGCCCUCGAAUCGUCAGCCAUUUUUCAGUUAUUGAGACAACCUCCCUUCGGUGGCGAACCUACCUAGUGAACUCAGUUGAUAAAAGCAAUUCUUUGCUAAAAGUACAAGCUCUUUAUUUCAAAAAUGAGAGUAACGAUAAUAAUUUAUUUUGUUGUGGGUUCGAUUCUCGUCGAACUUGAGCUUCUUUGUCCCACUAUUAUUCGUGAUGGUGUUUAUAACGAAUAGAGCGGUUUGCAUUUGAGUGUCGAAAAGUAAUUGGUUUUGCACUUUCUACACGAUGCGAUUGGCUUAAAAGAUUCGCGCCACCUUUUCAUCCAAUCAGAAGUAAAACCAAAGCCAAUUGUGACGCGCUCGCAUGCAUUUUUUUGCGUCAGCCACAUGUAAUUACUUCGAGUUUUGAUUGGUUCAAUGUAUUGUCUGUGUCCUAUGUGAUUGGCCAGAGUAAUUACUUUGGUUUUGGUUUUACGACACUCAAACGAAAACCACUCUAUUACGUAUUUCUCUAAAGUGAAGUAUGGUGUAAACUAUGUUUUCCUUUGCUUGCUCUAUCUUUUAUAUGUACUAAGUAGUUAAAGACGAGCCACUAACGAAUGAUACUAAUUUUUCAAAGGUAACGUUCGUGCCAUAGCCAUUUACCCGCUUUCAUACCGAACCAAGGGAAAAGAUAUCAGCGUUUUCUCAAACCCAUCCGGGAAACUAGGGUAUGUCAGAUUUACCCCAGGCCCUGAUGGACGACCGAACACUGCGACCCAGUUCUAUGGUAAACCGAACAGCUAUAUUCAGUUCCCUAACGAUGGGAAGCUCGACACUAGGCGAUCCAUCACUCUGCUGGCAUGGAUAUACCACCAGGGAAGCGCUGGUCCAAUCUUCAACUACAUGCCAAACGGAUGGGGCGUACACUUUUGGAUGGUGUCUCCAACAACGCUGUUUGUACGGUUCACCCGUCGGCAAAGGCGUCUGUUCACGCGGCAUCUUCAGUACCGAGGUGUUAGGCAUCGAAAAUGGCACUACGCUGGAGCAACAUAUAGCAGUCGAACUGGUGUCGCUAAAUUGUACGUAAACAAUAGAUUGGUGGCAAGAAAGCGCAUCGGAAGGUUUAGGUUGGCAACAAAUUACCCUGUCAGAAUGGGGGCAAGGAUUGGUGACAGCCGCUUCUUCAGAGGAAAGAUCUCUUGUAUGCAGGUUUACAGCGUGGCUUUGAAUUCGAGACAAAUUGCUGCUCGCAUGAAGAGGUGUUUCUUGAAAGGUACGUUUUUUGCUAAUCCACCCUUAAUAUGCUAUCAAGUGUCAAAAAGAUAUUUAGGGGACACUAGUACUUGUGGUUAACGAAUGAUUGAGGUAGUAAUUUAUUGUACCAUUGUUAUACAAGUCAUACUUUGUGGGGCUCAGGUAAGGUAAGGUCUAGAGUUGACAGAAGCAUUUUGGUAUUGUACACAAAAUGACACUUAAGCUGAACUUACGAAAGACCUAAGUGGAAUUAACUAACAUUUUGCAACAUUUUCUAGGUCCAAGGCCUGGACGCCCUGUUGUUCCAGGUGGAGUGCCUCUUCGCCCAGGAAAACCGAGUACGUAUCAGGCGGUUUGUUUCUAGAGUACGUUCCAGGAAACUUUGGCCAGGUUUUAAAAGUAUUCAUCUCCAGUAAAAUAAAAAAAGGAAACUAGAACAUACUUGAGCUUGAAGGCCAUUUUUUAUCGUUGCAUUACCUACAAAGCAAUUUUCGUUUUCGGCAAAUUCUGUUGCACACUUUAGCUAAUCAAUGUUUAUGAUAUUUAUCAUUACUUUCAUUAAUACUGUUAUUAAUAUAUUUUUUUCUUUUUUAAUUCUACCUGGUUUCCUUAUGAAUUUUUUUGGACCUGGCAGUAUUUCAGUACAAAGAAUACCUUGUCGUAGACGAGCGGGAUUAGUUUCGCAUCCAGAGUAACACUUGCGUAAAAGUACAUCUUCCUGCUUCCGUAUAUUUUUCAUAAACUAUAUUUUACUUCAUAGUUUUUCUGCUUAUUAUUAUUAUUAUUAUUAUUAUUAUUAUUAUUAUUAUUAUUAUUAUUAUUAUUAUUAUGGAUUAUCACUUACGUUUAUUUUUCACCAGCAUUACAGUUUAUUUAUUUUUCAUUAUUAACUUCAGUGUGCAAAGCAAAGGUCGAUCUUGGUUUCCUUGUCGAUGCAUCUGGAAGCAUCGAAAUGUACGGUAAAGGUAACUACCAACGCGUCAAAGACUUUGUGAAGGAGGUAGCUGGGAGCUUCAUUAUUUCCAGACGCGGGACGCACGUUGGUGUGGUCGUGUUUGCAAGCAGACCGGAACCAGUCUUCCAGUUUAAUACGUACUACACACGUCGUGGCGUCAUGAACGCUAUUCAAAAGAUGCCUUAUAUCAAUGGAGGAACUCGAAUCGGCUUAGCUAUCCGAAGAGCAACCAGGUACCUGUUCAGGCCCCAACCCCAUCCUGGGCGAAAAAAGGUCUUGGUGGUUUUGACGGAUGGUAUUUCCUAUGAUGAUGUCAUCGUUCCUGCUAGGAGGUUGCGUCGUACUGGCGUUUCCAUCUACGCACUUGGCGUCGGUCUCAAGUACAGCCGGCGGCAGUUGAAGAAGAUAGCUGGUACUCCAAGGCAUGUGUUCACGUCCAAAUUUGCCACCUUAAGAUCUGCUGCACGUAAAAUCGUCAGUCGCAUAUGCUCAGGUUGGACCCCAUUUUUAUAUGAAUUAUUAAUUAUGUACGUAUAAUAUCAAAAUAAUAUCAUUCAUUGAUAUUCAAACUUCCUGCAUUGUGUGAAAUCCUAGCAGCUCAUUUGAUGAUACGAUACCAUUUAAGGAACGCAAGGUUUAGCGACUAGAUCGUUAUCUUACCAGCAAAUAAACGCAAAUUUUGUUCAUCAAUAUUACCGUAUAUAGUAAAGAUAACACCGUUUGAAAUUUUUGUAUUUAUUUUGUCUUCUAGAACCUGGAGCAAAGCCUGUAAAGCCAACAGGUCCUGUCAAACCACGCCCACCGCGUAUGUGUUACCCUUUUUAAUGCUAAAGAAAUUAUAUUGAAGGCAAUAAAUCUCCAUACCCAGCCAGUGAGGGGGCGGGGGAGUGGUUACCUUCGCAAGUUUUGUUCAGUUUUGAAAUAGACGGCUGCCAGGCGUCGAAACCGUCAAAGGAUUUUUUCUGGCUUUGUUUAAAGAACUAUUUUAAUUUUAAUUUAUUUAACCUUUCUUAGCCGAAUGAAUUUCCUCCAGAGAAAAACAAUCUAAACAGUCCUAUUAAAGUUCAUCUCUUCUUCUUGCAGCCACCGUGCGAGCUGUUGCGAUCUAUCCCCUAAAUGGUGGAGUGAGAGGCCGCGACAUAAGUCUUAGUAGGAACCCUCCUGGCAUCUUAAGAAAUGUCAGGACUGCGCCUGGCCCUGAUGGAACACGUGACGGCUCGUUCCAGUUUCUGGGUAGAUCCACCAGUUAUAUUUAUUUUCCUAACCGCGGAAAACUGGAUACUAGACGAUCCAUUACGUUGAUGGCAUGGAUUUACCACGAGGGACGAGCGGGACCCAUCUUUAACUACAUGCCGAACGGGUGGGGCGUCCACUUUUGGAUGAUUUCACCAAGAACGCUGUUUGUACGGUUUACUCGUCGAAGGGGACGCAGCUUCACCAAAGCGGUAAUAAGUAGGAGAGUUGUGCCUCGGAGAUGGCAGCUUGUGGCGGCAACAUACAAUCACAGAUCAGGACGAGCCAAGUUGUUCGUACAAAAUCGAUUUGUAGCACGCAAGUACAUUGGAAGAAUACGAUUAGCAACUAAUUAUCCUGUCAGACUGGGAGCGCGUAUUGGUGACAGACGGUACUUCCGGGGAAGAAUCUCUUGCAUGCAAGUUUAUCCGUUGUCACUGAAAGCAAAGCAGAUCAAUGAACGCAAAAAUAGAUGCUUUAGGAAAGGUCAGUAAUCAAAUCUGACAAAAAUACUGUGCAUUCAAAUAUUAAGUACUAUUUAAAAAACGAGCAGGAGUGUAUUAUCAGCUUUGAAAACUCGGGGCGAAGCCGAGAGUUUUUAUACCUGAUAAUACACGACUGAGAGUUUUUUGAACGGCUUCAAAUCUCUGAUUUAGGUCAUCUCAUUCUUGGACUAAUAUUUAGAUUUGGGGUUAUUUUAGUCUAUAAAAUUGGACGUAAAGAUUAGCCGUGUCUUUAUCAGAUAUAAAUUUCUUUUGAUUUUAAUUUUUUUUUAUUUUUAGUUUCUUUUGUUUUAUCAUUACGAAUUAUUAAUGAGUUUUUGAAGUUUUAAAACUUCAAAAACUUGAAAGUCUUCCCACUUUAAUAAAUUCAGCAAGGUAAUAGCCGCUUCGCUUCACUGCAUGUAGUCCCAAGUAGUGAAGGAGGAGCACUUCACAGUUUGCAAAGCUGUGACAGGGGAUAAAGUAAAGUGGAUGCUUGCGAGGUUAUUUAUAUAUUUUUUAUUUAUUUACUUACUUACCAACUAACUAACUAACUUACUCAUCUUUUACAGUUAUUCGACCUCCAAGACCGAGGCCCAAACCUCCACGUCCAAUAAGACCCGGUGGAAAAGGUACUGUCACUGUAAUCUUUCCAGAUCCUUUGUCUUGAACCGGUGUCUAGCUAUGUCUAAUAAUGCCCUCAGUUUUGUAAUUUUGUUAAAAUUUUGAUAAUAAAUUCAUCAUCUUACGUCCAGACUAUCAGAAUGCAACAUAUGAUGGAUAGGGGGAAAAAAGUAAUUGAAGUUCCUUUCUUUCUUAAAGAAUAGCCUGCGAGCAAGCUCUCCGGGGCGCUGUGGCGGCGGGGCGGGAAAAGAAAGGAGAGAUUGCAACUACGUCCCUGGAAUUUGAAUGUCUGCAUCGCAAAAGUCCAUGCGAAAUGCUGAUGGGCGGAGAUUACAUUAGUAAUGACGUCAUUACCCUUGGCACGUAUUUUUCAAUGUUUGUUUACAUUCGCGCUCGUUUCUGCUUCGCGCUGAUUGGCGGAAACCUGACAGCUCAGUCGACGGGGAGUCACUGGGAAAGUGGAGGUGGAAUUCAAAUUCUAGAGACGUAUUUGCGAGCUCUGAUUCCUUUUCCCGCUCUGCCACCAGAUCGCCCCGGAGAGCUUGCUCGCAGGCUAUUAAAGAAAGGCCCCAAGAGUUACGAGGCACAAGGAGGAUGGGUGAAGGUGAAGGUCUUUCUUGAAGAAUAAAUUUACGCAUUAUCAAAAUCGCCUUCCCUGGGUAUUAGCCUCAAACUAUGCACUUUGGCUUUAGCAUAUUGUUGUUACAUAGUUCUUAAAUAUCAUAUUCUCUUUCAGUUUGUCGUGCCAGGCUUGACUUGGUCUUCAUCAUUGACGGCUCUGGGAGUAUCGAGCAUUACGGCAGAGGAAACUUUAAACGUUGCCUCCGCUUCGUCCAAAACAUGGUUCGUUCAUUUACAAUAUCAAGAAGUUACGUUCGCGUAG